UUGCGGUGCCAAGGGCCGCAAUAAAGACAGCAUAAGGAGGCUAAGCGAAACGGUUAAAAGUAAAAGGGCCUUCGGGACCGUUCCUCUGGCCCAGGGGGAGUCCCACCUUGGAAGGGACGUCCGUUCGCGUGGCCGAAGGUUUCGACUUCGGUACCCGGCGUCGCCCGCGUUGUCCCGUGUCGCGUCGCGUCGCGUCAUCGUCGGCGGGCAAGUGGGAAUGGCGGUGGUACGAGGUGGAGGAGAUCGACGAAGAAGGAGGCCUCGACGGGCCGGUAGUAUCGAACCGGCGCCCGUCGCGCACGGCCAUGUACCGCGUACAUUCCUUAUACGUACAUUCCAUGCGCGCGCCACCGACGCGAGGUAUACGUGCGAGGUGCGCACUACGCUGUCAUGGGUGCUGACAGAAAAUCAGCCGGAAGUACACACCGCAGGCAGGGUUGCAGUCUGCCGAUUUGACUGACGGGACGGCCGGGCGUAUAGGCGCGCGUCUCUAACUGCUCGCACACGCCUGACAGAUCAUUGAAAAACAGAGCAGGUGGACGCGAAUGCGGCAUACGCAGCCCAGUGUAUGGGGUGUGGUGUCGGGAGAACAGGUGUUGGGGAGUUUCUCUGGUGUAUAGAGUUAGGACGAGAAAAGGGGAAGGAAGGGGACCCAGGCUGGACGUGCGGACUCGAUGAGCGAGACGUGCCGGCUGGCGAUUUCUCGCGCGAGAAGUAAACGAUGGAGUAGAGGGAAGUAAAAAGGAGUAUGUCGCGGACGACACCACCCGGUGGCGGUAGUCCGACCCCACCGAGGGUAGACAGCCCCGGCGGCGGCGGCGCCGACGGUGGCGGCGGCCCGAGAACGCCACGUGGUAGCCGGCUGCGGGACCGGGUGAGCUUUUUCGAACAGGUCUGGUCGGCCGGACGUAGUCCCAGCGCCGAGGACCUCCAGGAAGACCCGGACGCGCGCCGGUUGUCCUUCCGGUCGCCGACGCAUCGGCGACCGUCCUCCAGGGCGAGCGAUUCUUCGUUCGAGGAGAGCUUCGAGCGUUUGGUGGAGGAGGGCGAGCUGAACGGCGCCAAGGUCGUGAAGUUUGAGAAGAUCACCGUGAGAAAGAGCGUACGUGCGAUCAGCUCGAGCAACGGCGACACCACCGUUCUUCAGCAACGUGCCUUGACGGAGGCGAGCAGGACCCCCAGCGAGGAGCACAUCCUCGAGGAUUCGGCCUAUCAGAGCCACAGCCACGGCGUGCAGAGCCACGGCAGCAAAUCCAGCUCGAUCACCUCUUUCACGAGGUUCCCGUCGGAAGAGAGUCUGUCCCAGAGGAGAUCGAGCAGUCCCCGAGUUCAACAGUUGGGCCCGGACGAACGGCCGGCCUCGGAGUGGUACGCCGAGUAUCGCAGUCAGAGCUUCCAGAAUGUCGCCACGAGAAUCGAGCACGUGCGCAGCAGAAGCGAGUACGACGCGCACAUCGCCGAGAUCAAAGACGAGCAAGAACGCGUGCAAAAGAAAACCUUCAUAAAUUGGAUCAAUUCCCACCUGUCGAAGAGAGUUCCACCGCUUCGUAUUGACGAUCUGAUUGAGGAUUUGAAAGAUGGCACACGUCUUCUCGCGUUACUCGAAGUUCUUUCAGGGGAGAAACUGCCUGUAGAGAGAGGCCGUAAUCUAAAGAGACCGCAUUUCUUGAGUAAUGCCAAUACCGCAUUGCAAUAUUUACAGAGCAAGAAAAUCAAAUUAGUGAAUAUAAAUUCGUCUGAUUUGGUCGACGGACGACCGCCGGUAGUAUUGGGUCUAAUAUGGACUAUCAUCCUGUACUUCCAGCUACGAUCGAAGGAUCGCAAGCCGAUCGAGGAGAAUACGAGAGCCCUCGAGUAUCUUGGACAAGCCUGGGGCAGUCAAAGCAGCCUCGAAAGUCUCGGUUCGGCGGCGAGCGAGAGAAAACGCAUCAGCAGCGAAAAGUGGAAGCAAAGUGCACGGAAAACCUUGCUUCAAUGGGUCACCAAUGCCCUGCCCAAGGAUGUUGGCAUUCAAGUUCGAGACUUCGGAGAAAGUUGGAGAGAUGGGAAUGCCUUCUUAGCGAUCAUCGACGCCAUAAGGGCCAAUCUAGUGAACAUAGCAGCUAUGAGAGAAGCGUCGAACAGAGCUCGAUUGGAAACUGCCUUCCAAGUCGCCGAGGUCGAACUAGGUAUUGCCCGACUGUUGGACCCCGAGGACGUCGACGUGCCGCAACCCGAUGAAAAGUCGAUCAUGACGUACGUCGCGCAAUUCUUGCACAAAUAUCCGGAACCGGGAAACACGGCGCCCGACUCCUUUGCGGCUGUACAGGAAGAAUACGACGGGCUUCUUAAGUGGCUGAACGAGAGAGUCAGGCAUCUGGAACAACUUGACAGAACAAACGCCUAUCCACAAAGUUACCCGGAAUAUAUGCUGUUUAGAGCAGAGACUGAUGAGAAAUCAAUUAUAUAUAAAAAGAUGCAAAGUUUGGUCGAUACACCCAGUAUGAUAAGCAUCACACGGGAUUCUUGGAGACAUAUACAAAUGUUGUGGCAGCAAAUGGAGCUCUAUAUGCUGCAUUGGCUUUGGCUGUUAGAUUCAAUGUUACCGGGCGAAUUAGGAGAGGUCGGUAGAUGGUUAGCGAGAGCCGAGGCUCUCUUACACUCGGACAAUAAUAUACCGCAGGAAAUGUCGGAAAGCACGGCGAAUAUAAUCUCAAACAAGCUGGAGGAGCAUAAAAAAUUCUUCCUCGAUUUACCGACAAUGACGGAGAAGUUCCAGCACGCCAGGAACUCGCCGUUGGCGCGACAAGUCCGGCCUGAACAAUUAGAUAACAUGUCCGCGCGUUUCGAUAGCUUGCCCGAUCGCGCCGCUAAGAGGAGGGUGAAAUUAAAGUUCCUAGAGCACAAGUGUUGCCUGAUCGCUUUUCUCUUCCUUGUCGAAACCAAACUGAAAGGCUGGAACAUCAAAUACGGCACGGAAGAGAAAGUGCACCAGAUGCUGGAACAAUAUCGUAACUUUGUCUCCCGAAACAGGAUAUUCCAAGAAUUUCAGAAGGCAUACUUGGACAUGCAGCAAGUCGCAGAGGAGUACAAACGUGAUGGUGAUAUUGAUCGAGAGGAGAGCCUCAAUAUUGAUCGCUUUAUGCGCGAGACGGCCGAAAAAUGGAAGAGCCUGUCGAUGGAUCUGCGCUGUGCUCAGAGCAUGCUCGAGGAAGUUGUCGCGUACUGGCGACGUUGGACCGUUGUCUCAGAUGAAUUUGAAGCGUGGUUACUUCGCGCCGAACCCGCUCUGAAUCUUCCAGAGGAAGAAAGAAUGGAGUUCUUCCAAGAUAUCAGCGUGUGGAAGGACAAAUAUCAACAGCUGUCGGACACCGUGAGCUUCCUGAUCGCCACAGCUGAUGAACCGGUUGCAUUUCGUCUGAAGGAGCGCUAUACAAAUCUGACAGCGAGAUGGGAACGGCUCUUUCAAGAGGCCAAACAAUACAUGCACGCGGGGGAUCUCAUUCGAACGCGAAAGGACUACAAGGCAGGAGUGGAGACGCUGCAGAAAUGGCUAAGAGACGCAGAAGUCGCUUUAUCGACCACCGGAUUAAGCUCUACGGAGCGGAUCAAGGCUUACGGGGAGAAACUGCAGAUUCUUCACAACGAAGUAGAAGGCAUAGAAAACCUCUUUAAAGAUAUCAGUAAGAAGUUCCAGACCCUUAUCCAAGAUUUGUCCCGCGACGAGGUCGACAGAAUGAUGAACACUUUGAAGAAGGAGAAGGAAGCGCUUGUUAAGGUACGUGCCUUGAUACCGAUGCAAUUGCACUUGUAUCAUCAAUUAUUGGUGCAACAAGAGUCCCUGGAGGCAGGGCAGAAGGAGAUAUCCGCGUGGCUGGACGAGGCCGAGAGCUUCUUGGCCAACAUUAAUCUUUCUGGUGGUAAAGAUGCCGCUCUGGCUCAGCUAGAUCGCCAUAAGGCUUUCUUCUCGAGAACGCUUUACUACAAAUCCAUGCUGGAAUCCAAGAACAAAGUGUUCGCCAAUAUCGUUAAGGCCGUGGACAGUCACGCCGACGUGGAGAAUGCCGAAGGUGGAGCCACCUUGAGGGAGCUCAACGAUCGUUUCGUUAAGGUCUCCCAAGCGGCGCAAGUCUGGGAGCAACGUUUGCAAGAAUCUGUGCGACGUUGGACGAAGUUCAAAGAGUGCGAGCGGCAAAUUUCCGAAUGGGUCUCGGUCGCCGAGGCAAUGAUCAACGAAAAGAACAUCGACAAUCGUCAAUCCGUCGAGUACCACAAGAACUUCUUCAGUAAAGUCAAUGAAAAGUGGAUACAGGAUCUCGUGAAGGCCGGCCAAGAUCUCCGGAAUGUGUUACCAAUUGAUCAACAGCGGCCCAUCGCAAGUACGGUGGAGGCCCUGCAGAAUCGCUGGCGGGAGGUACUCACUUUUGCCCCGCUCCAUUUAAUGAGGCUCGAGUUUCGCUUGGACGAGGCCAGCUUUCUUCAGUAUCUCAAGGAAAUCGAGAUGGAGAUCAGUUCUGAGCAACAAGCGCUUAUCAACAACGACGACGUGGACGGUAUUCAGCAACGCAACAAAGAAUUCUUCGUGAACCGCGGUACCGUCCUCGAGGUCGAGCGUUGUCUGCAGACCCUGAAGAAAAUCAGCGACGCCUACGGCAAGCUCAAGCCGAGGGACACCAGUCUGGCUAACGCUACGCAAAACGCCGAACACCUGUGGGAAGAAACAGCGCAGAAAGUGGAGAACCUGAGGGAACAGUUACGCGAAGUUCCACAACAAUGGGCGACUUAUAGACAAAAGUUCGAUGAAAUGGUGCAUUGGAUGGAUCAUGUUGACAGUACGUUGAGAACUAUUUUACAUGAGGUGAAUACCCUAGAAGAAUUCGAAAAGGAGAAGACCAUAUUUCAGCUCCAGACCUUGACGAAAAUCUGCCGCGAAGCAGACAGCAAGCGUGAAGAAAUGAAAUGGCUGGUUCAAACUCUCGACAAUCUGACAUUGAAUCGUUCGGAUCGCGAUGCACUAAAUGCGCAGCAGAAUUUGGAGCGACUGAUAACUCGAUAUAAAAACUUGAUACCAACGAUUGAGAUUACAAUGACAAAGACGGACAUCUAUUCGAAGAGUUACACCUAUCGCAAGGAGGUACAUGAGGUGUGCACCUUGUUGCGCAAGGUUCGCGAACAAUCGACAGUUGAAGUCGCGCCUGAGGUUCCUGAAAAAUUGCAAAGCGCGGUGGCACAUCAGGAAUCACGUCUUAAUCAAUUGGAGCAACAGCGAGCGACCAUUGUCAGUAUGUUGCAGCGCGGCAAAGACCUUCUGAAGGAUCAACACGCUCCGCCCUUCGUCUCGUCCGAGGUUCAACAAUUGGAAACCAACUGGAAUGACACAUACGGUCAAGGUAUGGAGACGCUGAAGUCUUUGAAGGACUCGCAGAAACUCUGGAACACUUAUCAGGAACAAAAGGACGAGAUUUUGAAAUUAAUUGAGCAAGCUGAGAAAGAACUACGUCAAAUGGAAUUGGAAUCUUAUUACGAUGCCACUCAGGUGUCUUCUGAUCUCCAGAGAACACAGGAAUUCAACGCAAAUCUAAGGAAAUCAGCCGAAGAGAUGAUGAAGAAGUUGCGCGAAACGUAUACUAAUCUUUCCCAAACGCUCACACCGCCAAGCAAGAAAGAGAUUUUGGAAAAGGAAGUGACAGAAACCGAACAGAAGAUGGAACAUACGUUGAAGAUCGUGCGCGAGAAGGUUGUUUAUCUUCAGGAACAUAGCACUCGGUGGAAUAAAUUUCAAUCGAAGCUCGUGGAGCUCCGAUCCUGGAUUCAGCAAGCUGCCCCUCAAUCAGUCGCGGAUAUCGAAGAUUCCGCAGUCUCGCCCGAGGAAAGAGUUCGUAAGACAGAAAAUCUGCAGAAAGAAGUAAAAGAAAAGACGUCGAUUUUAAAUAUAUUGGAAGAUGAAUCUCGGAAACUCAUAAAAGAAGACAGUGAUGAUAUACCGGCGAAACAACUUCGCGGCGACCUCAAGAAUCUUCAUAAGGCACUUGAAUCGUUGAGUAAAAGCAUAAUAACUCAUCGUGAAUUAGCUACACAGAAUCUUGCAACAUGGAGAGAGUACGAAGAAGGCAUUCAAAAGGUAAAACCUUGGAUUGAACAAGCGGAGUCUAAGGCAGCUACGAUGGGCAGUAAGCCCACCACUUUGGCUCAAGCCACACAAAUGCUAGAAUCGGCCAAAGCCUUUGAAGUUCAAUGUCAGCAAUAUCUUCCGAAAGUUCAGAAUUUGUCGACAAUUAGCCAGCGAAUAACCGGAAGAACAGUGGCACCUGACGAAAUCGACGCUGUACACACGCGAUGGAACGCAGUUCAUGAUGUGGCGGUACAAACAACGACCAAGCUGGACAAAUUAGUUUCAUCGUGGAACACUUUCGAAUCGGAAGCGAAGGAAUUCAAUGAGUGGUUGCAGAAUAGCGAAAGGGAGGCUCUGAAAGAGCCCAAUGUUCAAACACCCGAAGCCGCAAAGCUGGAGAAAGAAUUGGCGCAGUUGAAGGAAUUCAACAAAAGUAUAUCUGACCAUCAGGCUCAAUUGAUAUCGCUGACUCAAGUUUCUGAUCAUAUUAGCCAUGGUUUGUCGCUGGACGGCGCUUCCACAUUAAAGGGUCGCGUUGCUGAAAUGAAGGCCAGAGUGAGUAAACUCGCGGACACGGUCCGGCAUCACAUUAAUCGCGUCUCCGACUCAUUGUUAGCCCGACAGGAAUUUCAAAUGAAGAUCACCGAUUUCGAGAAUUGGAUGACCCGACUGAGAUCUAAUAUCAAUGAAAUCGGGGACGUAAACGUGGACGACGUUGAUACCAAUUUGCAAACGAUGCACGCUUAUCUUCAAGAGCACUCGGAAAAACAACCGGCAUUUACGGCAAUUUACAACGAAGUGAAGCAAUUGUCGUCGCGUGGCUCCGCGUUAGAGGCCGCCGCGUUGGAUGAAACUUAUACAUCCCUAGCGAAGAAGUACAAGGCACUCGAAGAUGACCUGAGAGAGAAGAAGAAGGGCUUGGAGAAGUGGAUCGAACUUUUAAGUUGGCACAAUGACGCCAAUGCGCAACUGAAUCAUUGUAAAUACGAAUCUGAAGCCAGAAAACCUACUAUCGCUGAUCUUGAUAGACUUUCUUUAGAACUUCAAGUUGUAUAUGGGAAAAUCAACUCUUGGAAGGAACACGUCCCGCUAAUGGACAGUACACUGGGGAUACACGUACGUGACAAGCAAGAAAGACCGGUUACCGCGACUUCUUUGCUGAAUGAUCUUGAGUCUAAGGCCGCGGUAUUGAAGACGGAAUUAUCCGCCAAGCGAGACAAGUUGGAGAAUCUCGGUACUAAAUGGGAUAACUUCAGAAAAUUGCAGCAAAAAAUUACGGAGGAAAUCGUUAAUAUUCAGACAAGCCUGCAAAACAUUACGUACACCGUUGACACGUGCGAGAAAUUCGCGCCGGCGAUCGAGAGGAUAGACGAUCUGAUCGAGGCCCACCAGAGACAGGAACCGGAAAAGGAAAUCCUUCAUCGAGAAGGUGAUAACUUGAUGCAGGAGGAUCAACGAGCAAUAACUAAUAUUCAGGUAGUGAUUUCUUCGGUGGACAGUAAUUGGGAAAAGGUGAACGAACUCUUGCGUGAGCAGAGGAGAAAAUAUGCUGAGAUGGAUGCCGACUGGAAGCAGUAUCAGGAAGCCAAGGAGAAAUUGAACAAAUUUAUCGACGAGGCGAAAAAUCUUUGCCAGUCGGUCAAAGACGUGUCAACUGACAUCACUCAGGCAAAUGUGGCUCUGGAAAAACACAAACGAGCUUCGGAAAUCUUGAAGAAGGGUAAACAAUUUUUGGACAAAAUGGAUGGCAAGGCGCAACAACUAGCAAAAGAGACGUCGUUAAUGCCGACCUUUAAGGCCAAUCUAAUCGAAUUGGACUUAUCUGAUAUACGAAAAAAGUACCACGAGGUUAAUGCCAAGGUGAUCGAUCGUACUCAAAUGUACGAGACACAGGUUAUCAUCUGGAAACAGAUUGAAGAAGCGAAAUACGAACUCACAAAGUGGCUUGGCGAUACAAAUGAAGCGCUCAGCAUGGCCUGCGAACGUUUACUCGACGCUGAGAGCGGACAGGUGCUGUUAAUCAAGUAUCGUGAGGAAUUGCCAGUGCAUCAACAACUCCGUCAAGGUAUCGCCACGAAGACCGAGCAACUCGUCAAGUUGAAUGACGACACAGAAAUACCGACUUUAAAAUCUCUCAAUAAUUUAUUGGACGAUCAAUUCAAGGUUGUUAAAGAGGCCGCGGACAAGCUUGCGUCAUUCACAUCGAUUUUCAACGAGAAGGAGAAAGGUAUUAGGCAGGAACUGAAGAAAUGCAGCGACGUGAUCUCGAAGAUCCGCGAGGAAAUAAUCAAAUGCGAUGAUCUAACUGGCGAGAAUACCAAGAUUCUGCACCGAAUCAAUAAGUGUCAAGAGUUAAAGGCCGAGUUGGAAAAAUGUGACUAUGCACUUUCGGAAGUUGACGAGAAAUUGACAAGCAUGGCGUCAGAAUAUCCAACUAUAUCGAAGUCCAGUUUACCAAAAGAACUGCAGGCGUUGCAACUCCGUAGGGACGGUGUGGCCAGUCAUGCCGAUAAGGUUAAUGCUACAUUAGUGGCCUUCUUGACGAAACUCUAUCAUGAGAAGUUUGGCGCUUUGCAGCGUAUGGUGGCGACUCACAAGGAAAAGGUAGCAUGGUGCGAACCCGAACAGAGCAGCGAUCGUUACAAUCUUGAGGUGAAAAUGGCCUCGUUGGUUGAUGUGGAAGACGGGAUUGCCGAUUGCGAAGCGCGAAGGGCGGACACGGAUAAUUCGUUAACACUUCUAGGCACCGUCGAGAGUAGCGAGACUAUCUCCGCUCUCAGAGACGAACGCGACAAGGUCACCGCUGACUUAGAAUCCCUGAAGUCCAGCUAUCGCAAGAUCAAAUCCGUGCUGAAAGAAAAUAUUGCUUUGUGGCAACGGUACGAGCUGACCUCGGAAAACGUGGUUUCUUGGCUUAAAGAGAAUGAAAAUAAAAUCAGAAUGGAGGCCACGAUGCUCCUGAACCCGGACGAGAUUGACGCGAAGAUUGGCGAAAUAGUGCAGCUUCAGAAAAAAGUCGAGAAUUAUGAAAGUGAGAUGAAAGAUCUGAUCGCGCUCGGAGAGGAGAUUGCAAAGGUUAGCCCGGAGUCCCGCGUGACCCAAUACGUCGGGCAUUUGAACACGCGUUAUCAUUCGGUGAUCAAGUUUCUGGCUCAACAUCUAGACAGGCUUAAAGAACUCAAACAAAUCAGAGGGCAGUAUGCCGCCAAUGUGAAGGAACUAGAAUCGUGGUUGUCAAACGCGGAGCAGAAGUUGAAAACCUUCGACAAAACUAGCGGCCCGAAACCAAUGGCCUUCUAUCAGUCUCGAAUAAAAGAGUUGAAAGCGUUUGGAGAGGAGCGCGAAACGGGACAAGCGAUUUUAAAUCGGACUGCGGAAGCGGGCGAGACACUUUUCGCGAGGAUAACGCCAGAUCACAGGGAGCUCAUCAGAGGCGAGCUGAGAAAUUUGCGCAGUCGUGUAGAAGCCUUGGCCGAUCGCGCAAACGUGAUCUAUAAGAAAAUCGAGAGUGACAUGAUGCAUCGAUCCUCGUUCGAGGAUAAAUAUUCCCAGGUGAAGCAGUGGUUAAUUGAAGCGCGUAAGAAAUUAGGCGACAGGCAGGAUCUGUUGCCGUCACUUCAAGAGAAGAAACUCACCUUGCACUUAUAUAAAGUUAUCGCGCAAGACGUGGGCGUUCACCGAAACAUCCUGGAGCAACUUCAGGAGAAGCUUGGAACGGCACCGGACGACGAGGCCAGCGAGAUGCUGAAUAGCGUAAUCGAAGCGCACGAAAAGCUAUCGGAAGACGUGAACGAUAGGAUCGGUGUAAUGGAAAAGUAUGUCGCCAAUCACGAAGCUUACCUUCAGACGUUCGAGAAGACACGGGAUUGGAUCAACACAGUGAUAAACGAGGCGGCGCCUAUCAGCGAGGACCUCUCAACAGAUCGAGACGCAGCCAAAUCUAAAAUUGCUCUGAUCGAGAACGUGUUGCAGCAAAGGCCCGAGGGCGAUAGGAUUAUUGCCGAUUGUAAUCAGCAAUUGAAUAUCAUUUUGGAGCAAACCUCGAUAGCCGGCCAUCCCGCGUUGCUGAGAGGUUUCGAGCAGCAAAAGAAAGUUUGGGAGGACUUCCUCCAAAGAUGCGUCUCGAGCCGGGACAAAUUGAAUCAUCUGUUUGACCAGUGGUCCGAGUUUGAAAGGGUGAUCGAUAAUUUGGAAUCCUGGCUCAAACAAAUUGAAAUGCAGGUGAAAGACCAAAGCUUGAAGAGUACCGAGGAAACGAAACGCGCGCACUUGCAGAAGUUAAAGUCCCUUGAAGAGGCCAUCGCGGCGAAGGGCGCGGAGUUCAACUCGGCGGUUGAGAAAAGCCAAGGCGUAGACGCGGAAUCCGACUUGGUUACCAAAGUAUCACGUCAAGCCACCAGGUAUCAAGCGAUCAGAAAUCAGGCGAAGGAGGCUGUAGCGCGGUACGAACAAUAUGUGAAGGAGCAUCGCUUGUUUAACGAAAAGUACGAUCAAUUCUUGAAUUGGAUUAAUGAGGUUCAGGACGAGUUGAAGAAACAUAGCGAGAUCGUUGGUGAUUUGGCGGUGCUGCAAAGUAGGCAGAAGCAUAUCAGGGAUCUCGGUGACGUUCGGACUCGCGAGAACGCUCGCUUCGAAUCUGUCAUCGAUCUCGGGGAGAAACUCUACGUACACACUUCGCCGGACGGUAGGGAGCUAAUCAGACAACAGUUGAGAAACCUUCGCAGUUUGUGGGACGGAUUUUCUGAGGAUUUGCAGAGCUCGAUGCAGAAGUUAGAUCAGUGUCUCAUGCAGUUCGCCGAGUUUUCAUUGUCCCAAGAGCAAUUGACGGCUUGGCUGCGAGAUGUCGAGCGCGCGAUGCAUCAGCACACGGAGCUGAAAUCGUCACUGGAGGAGAAACGAGCGCAAUUGCAGAAUCAUAAGAUUAUGCAUCAAGAGAUCAUGUCGCAUCAGACCUUGGUCGAGUCGGUUUGCGAUAAAGCCCAACAAUUGGUCGAUCAGACUAAAGACACUUCUCUAAAUGUCUAUUUACAAUCCAUCAAGCAACUCUUCCAGAAUAUCGUCGCCAAGUCACGAGAUUUGCUGGAGAAUUUGGAGGACUGUUGCGAGAAGCAUCAUCGUUUCAAUCUUCAGUGCAAAUGCUUCUCCGAUUGGUUGAACGGAGAACGAGAGAAACUGACGGAAUGUAAUGACAUAACGGGCGAACGAUCUGAAAUAUCUCGCAAAUUAACGAGCUUAGUGAUGCUGAGGGACGGUCAGGCGCAGGGAGCUGAACAUCUCAUGAGGUUAAAGGAGUUCAGUGAAGCCGUGGCUAAUAGCACCGCACCAAAAGGUCGAGAAAUUAUCAACAGAGAAGUGAUUACUUUGGAAAAUAGUUUGCGUCAAUUCCUGAGUGAAAUUGAAUCCGUAGAGGAGCGACAAAAAACUGCUUUGGAGAGAUGGCAAAAUUUCGAGGAUCAGUUAGAAGCUCACACAAAAUGGUUCCGUUCCAUGGAGGCGGCAUUCCGAGAUCAACAGUUGCAGCCUACGUUAAAAGAUAAAGAGGCGCGACUUCGCGACUUUAAGGAGAAACGCGAGAUUAUCGCGCGGCAAGAAAGGGAAAUAGACGAAUUCGUGGACAAGUCGCAUAGUUUAUUGCACGCAAGUGGUAUCGAACGCAUCAAGCCAUUAAUUUCCCAAGUUAGCAACAGAUAUCAGCUGUUACACGUGCUCAGUAAGGAAGUGAUAAACCGUUGCCAAAGCAUCGUAGACGAUCAUCGUACCUACGAAGAGAAAUUGAAAGCCAUUGACGUAUGGCUUACGCCUCUCGAGAAAAACUUGGCCAUCCUGAAGAAAGAUGAGAUCGGCGGGGAUCUCGAAGCGAGGAACUCGCGCUUGCAAGUCUUGCUGGCCGAAAAGGAACAAGCUGAACAUCGUUUAGCUAGCUUAACGUCUCUUGGCGAGAGGAUUCUUCCGGACACCUCCGCUCAAGGACGUGAAGUGAUCAGGCACGAGUUGCGAGACGCUCGCGAAAGAUGGGACCGCUUGGCCGAAGGCAUCACAGAGCAACAGAAGAAACAAGACGCACAAUCUUUACAGUGGUCUAGUUAUCAGGAGACUCUGCAACAGAUCCUGACUUGGUUGGACACAAUGGAACGUGCGGUUAAGCAGGAUUCCUCGAUGGUGUGGUCCUCCUUGCAGGAAAUCAGAUCGAAAUUACUCAAAUUAAAGACACUGCAUCAAGAGAUCUUGGCUCACAAACGUCUCAUUGAAGGCAUUUCCGAGAAAGCCAACGCAUUGGUUCAAGUUACCCAAGUCCCAUCGGACGUUCACGAGAAAGUUGUCUCGGUUUCGAAGAGAUACGAGAGGCUAGUGGACACAUCACAGAAAGGAAUAUCGAACUUGGAUGCUUUACUCGAUAUUUUCCAACAGUUCCACGAUCUUCAGAAAGCUUAUCAAGAUUAUCAGAAACGUCAAUGGGAACGCCUGGCGAAUUACAGCGACUAUACAGGAAAUAAGACCGCUCUUCAGGCCAGAUUAGCAAAAGUUAUAGAGAUACAGGACAGCCAAAGCGAAGGUGAUAUGAAGCUGAAUGUCCUUGGGGAACAUGUGGCGCAAAGUGCGCGUACUUUGCCACCUCGCUCGCAAGAAUCUAUGGAAAGAGAUUUAGCGAAUCUUAGAUUCGAGAAUAAGAAAUUCGCUACAGCCGUAAGUGACGUAGUACGUUGCAUUGAAGAAAGAAUACAACAAUGGAGUGAAUACGAGAAUUCUUUAGAACGUUUGCUUGUUUGGCUCACUGAUGCCGAGACGUCAUUGAAGAACUAUUGCCUGAAGAACACGCUCGAGGAGAAGCAGGAACAGCUCGAAAAAUAUCAAGAACUACAGAAGGUCGCCGAUUCGCGGAACACGGAUGUGACAGAACUGGUCGCGCUUGGUGAUCAUCUCGAACAAUUACUGAUUGUAAACCUCCGGCAAAAUGAGACCGAAUUCGACAAAAUGAGCGACGAUUCGUCGGAAUUGAUGCAGAUCAGUGGCGAGACUCGAUUUUCUGUUAGCGUUCAACAAGUCACAUCACGUUUCCAGUCGAUUCAGGCAACCGCUAAGGAACUGGUGAAGAAGUGCGAACAAGCGGUCGUAGAUCAUGCCAGCUAUUUAGAUCGUUAUAAACAAUGCUCCGAAUGGCUAGCGAGCGCAAGAAUGCGUUAUCAGUCCUCCAAGGAAAACGUCAGUGAUACUCGGCAGAAGCUGAUUACGAACGUGGAAACAUUAAAGGAACUGUUGGUUCGUCAAUCCUCGUCCACCCUCUUGAUAAACAGCACCAUCGAGGCUGGCGAACGAUUAUAUCCCACGACUGGCACAGAGGGCCGGGAGAUCAUUCGUCAGCAAUUGCUGGAUCUCCAACAGGCUUUCGAAGAACUUUACGACGGUAUCGCCCUCACCGAACGCGAGUUACAGGCGAAGAUCUCGCGGUGGUCUGGUUUCGACGAGUGCAGCGAGGCGUUCGAGAAUUGGUUGAAGAGUAUAGAAGCUCAAUUGAAGCCCGAGAUCGAGCUGAAAACUACUUUGGAUGAGAAACGCGCCCAGUUGCAGAUCUACCGUACUAUCUUGCACGACACUCAGACGCAUCAGCAAGAUCUAUUGGAUCUUCGAGACAAGGCAGACAAUUUGCCCGAUCGUACCGACAAGAUCGAUCAAACGCUGAAUAAUUUAACGAAUAGGUACAACGUACUGCUGAAACGCGCGACGAAAUUCGUAGAGAGAUACGAGGGCAUAGUGAGCGAUCAUCAACAAUACAGCAAGGCCGUUUUAGACACACACGAGUGGCUGGACGCAACGCACAAUGCCGUGAGUCUCUGGGGUGACGUGGAACUGGAAAGGGUGUCCCUACACACGAACUUGGAUCGCCUUAAGAAUCUGUUGCACGGUCUACCGGAGGAUGAACCGCGGGUGCAGCAAAUCAGGUCCCUGGGCGAGAAGGUGAUACCCGGUACUCUAGAAUCGGGACAGGUGAACAUCCGAUCGCAGAUCGAUUCUUCACAACAGGAAUGGGAGGGUCUAAUCUCGGCCGUCAGGUCCACUAUCGAUGCGCUGGAGAAUAAGCUUCAACAGUGGAACGAGUUCGAGAUCUCGAAGGAGCGAUGUCUGGCUUGGAUGAGGGACACCGACACCAAGUUACACGCUGUCGAUCUCAAGCCCACUUUGACCGAUAAAAAGAUUCAGCUCGAGAAAUUACGCGCCCUCCAAGGCGAGGUGCGCGCCAAAGAACUAGAAAUUGAUGCCGUCGCCGAGCGAGCCCAGCAACUACACAAGACUGCCACUUCUCGCACUUCUUACGUGUCGGAGUUGAGUAUUAAAUACCAACAAAUUUCCAGCAAAGUCAAAGACCUCAAUAAUCGUUGGCAUCAGUACGUCGCAACGCAUCAGGACUUCGAUAAUCAAUUAGCAGAAUGCACCACAUGGCUGGAAGACAUAAAAAGUAAGCUGGCAUAUUGCUCGGAUCUGAGCGCGUCCUCGCAGAAAGAUUUGGAGCAGAAAAUGGACAUCGUGCAAGCUCUACUAUUGUACAAAGAGAAUGGCUUUGCAAAGGUACAAGGUAUCGUUGAACUGGCCCAGGCUGUUCUAGCGAAUACAGCUCCGGCCGGCCAUCAAACGAUCAAUGACGCUUUAGCGAAACUUCAGGAACAGUGGAGUGCCUUGGCGUCGAAAAUGCUAGAAACCAAGACGAAUCUGGACGACUCGAUAAACAAAUGGGCCGGUUUAUUGGAACAAAUACAAUCUAUCAACAAGACGGUGGAGUAUAUGCAGGCGUCGAUCGACGAGAUUUCUCAGUUUCAAACAACAAUGUCGGAGAAAAGGAAUCAACUGGAGCGAAUCAAGGCGCUCGAGGAGAAGGUUCGUUGCGAGAACAUCGAGGUCGACAGUCUCAAAUGCAAAGUCGCCGAGAUGAUUGCAAGCGGUCAGCAAGGAUUAGCUGCCUCACAGGCCCAGGACAUACUGAACAGGUUCGAUGAACUUUUCGAGAAGAUCAAAUCUUUAUUGGCCGAACGGGAGGAACAGUAUAAGGAUCAUCGCCUUUACAAGGAAGCUCACGACGAUCUUAUCGGUUGGCUCAGCCGGGCUCGGGAGAAGAUACCGUCUAUGAAGCAGAGAUCGCUUAGCGACAAGCUAGCGAUCGAGAGUGCAGUGGUACCGCUCGAGGGUCUGCUGAACAAGAAGGCUCAGGGUGAAUUGUUGGUGGAGCAUUUGCAGCAUACUGGAAAAGUUGUUUGCGCCAGCACCAGUCCCGUCGGACAGGAAGUUAUCAGGAACGAGAUACGGGCACUCACAGAAAGUUUCGAAGGGUUAUUCAAAGAGAUUCAGCAGCAGAAGGAUCAAUUGGAAGCUACUGUGAGUCAAUGGCGCGACUAUAAAGACGAAUACGAAAGACUCAGUGAUUGGUUGCAACAAUUUGAUAUUCUCAUUAAAGCACAAAAGAAUGCUCUUUUGCCGAAUUUGAAAGAGAAGGAGAAACAGGUGCAGGAAGUGAGGAAAUUACUCGAUAACUUAAUAAAGGGCCAAGAGCAGAUUGAUAAAUUCAACAAAACGGCCGCCGGCCUGCUGUCGUCUCAUUUAGACACUUAUGUCAACAAUCAGUUGCGGCAUUUGAAUUCGCGCUACCAGGUUCAAGUGAAUCUCGCGAAAGACGUGUUGAACAAGGUUGAGACCAAUCUGACUCAGCAUCAGGAGUAUGAGAGCAACCUCGCUAAAGCCCGCGACUGGAUCGAGAAUGCCAAGCAAAUUAUACGCCAAGGAACCGAGGCUGCCUCGAGCAGUAGUCGUGAGGAACUGCAAAACAGACUCGAGAAGAUCCAGGAAUUGUUAAGAAAGCGCGAGGAAGGCCAGAACCUGAUACAUCUAACCGUGAAUUGCGGCGAGAAGGUCAUGAGAAACACGCGAUCGGAUGGCCGUGAGGAGAUCAACGUUCAGUUGAAGGAAAUUCAAAACGACUGGGAGCGCCUGGUGAAGAAAAUCUCAACCACGAAAGUGCACCUCGAGACGAGUCUAUUGCAGUGGGCGGAUUACAGUUUGUCGUAUUCGCAGCUACAGCAAUGGAUCAACGAUCGCGAGGCCAAGCUGCAGCAGGUAUGCGAGCAGAAAGUCUCCAAAGCUCGGAAAGGUUUGGUCGGGUUGAGUUCUCUGGCGAUCGGAGAAAGAAAGGCAAAUUUGCGGCAAACCAACAGCAUUGUACAGGACAUCGUCGCAUUCGAGCCUAUGAUUCAGUCAGUCGCUACGAAAGCAGAAGAUCUGCAACAGGCGACGCCAGCCACGGAGAUCUCGAUUAAGUAUGAGACUUUGAGUAAGCAAGCUCAAGAAUUGUAUGCGAAGCAGAAGGAGACUGUCGAGCAGCAUCAGGCUUUUAUUGAUAGCGGUAAUGAAUUCGUUCAGUGGAUACGAGCCGCCAAAGAGAGACUCGGCAAGUGUUCGGAACCAACGGGAGACAAGGAAUCAUUGGCUAGUAAAAUUACGCAGCUCAAAGUUUUACAGAGUGAAUUGCCUGAAGGUCAGAAGAAGUUGGAGAAAGCCUUAGAACAAGGCAACGCCGCCUGUCAGAUAGCAGAUGCUGAAGAUAAGGAAAUAAUCGAAGAAGAAGUGGCACUAUUGCAAGAAGAGUACGAUAACUAUGUAGACUCGCUAAAUAACACGAAGAGUUUGCUUGAGCUUGGUAUAGUAAAAUGGACUGAAUACGAGGAUCAAUUUUCCGAAGCUACAGAAUGGCUUACGCAAACUGAACAAUUGGUUCAAACGUUUAACAAAUUACAAGAUGGUCUAGAAGAGAAGAAGAACGUUCUCGAGCAGUUCCAGAUUCAUUUGCAAACAUUGUUUGACUGGCAAAAGGAGCUAGACCGUUUGAACAUGAAAGCUCAGAUGUUGCUAGAAACAUGUGCCGAUACAAGAAUUUCUAAUGCAAUAACGCAACUUACCACCAAAUACAACGCACUGUUAUCUCUGGCUAAAGAAAUAAUGCGGCGAUUGGAAUUGCAUUAUCAAGAACAUCAACAACACAAUACCUUGUACCAAGAAUGUCAAGAUUGGAUCGAGCGUACACGAGACAAGUUAAGCGAGUGCAAAGAUAUUCCCAGUACAUUAACUGAAGUCAACAACAAGUUACAAACUUGCAAAGCCAUUCGGCAGACAUUGGAGCAAGGCCAGAACAAGUUGCGCUACGCUCUGGAGUUGAAAGAGAAGGUCAUCAUGAACACGGAACAAAAUGGCGCGGCGAAGAUUCAAGAAGACACCGAGAACUUAAAAAGCGAAUUUGAUAAGUUGUUGGUCGACGUUGAAGAUGUGAGACAAAAAUUGUCAGCGAGGGCAAGUAUGUUGGAAGAGCUCAACAAGAUUCAUCGACUUAUCUCGGACUGGUUGGAGGAAGUCGAAGGCAAGAUUCAACCAGGGGACGUAUGCAGAAACGACCUCAGCGAGAAGCGUGCUCUGUUAGAGAAAUAUAAAAUCCUGCAGAGAGACAUACACGGCCACGGCGAGACAGUGGAUCGUUUGAAGAUUCGCCUCACUGAAAUUCCCAGCGUAUCGAAAAACCCUUACGAAACGACAAUCAACAAAUACGACAGCUUAAAGAAGUUGAUUGCCGAAAAGAUUCAUAACUUGGAAGAUCAAGUCAAAGAUCACGAGAGAUUCCAACAAGCUCUGAAUGAGGCAGGUGACUGGGUACGCCGUACGAAAGUCGAACUUCAACAGUAUAGCGAUACUCACGGCGAGAAGGAGCGAAUCAUCGAACGGGAGAACAAAGUCAAUCAAAUUAUCUCGUCCCUGCCAAAGGGCGACACGUUGAUCUCGAGGAUGAUCGAGUUGAGUGACGUUGUGAUCUCUAAAACGGGACCCGAGGGUCAAGAUGCCAUUAAGCAGGACAUGAAACAAAUACAGGCCGACUGGAAGUCCCUGCAAGCACAAUGCCACGAUUCGCAACGAACCCUCGCCAAUUGCAUCUCAAGCUGGUCCCAAUUCACGAACACUCUGGACGGCAUGAAGCGGUGGAUAGAUCACUUCCAAAAGAAGAUUGCAGACGAACAGAGUAAGGACAACAAGACCCCGGAGGAUUUAGAGCGGUGUAAACGUUUGGUGGACGAGGCGGUUAAGCAGAAGCCAGUCUUGGAAGACUUGAAUGACAAAUGUGAAGCUUUGCUGGAGAUCAGCGCUUGCAGCUGGGCGCGGGACAAGACGGUACAGUUGCAAUCGGCGUACACGUCACUUUUGACCGACGCGCAAGGACUCGUCUCGAAAGUUGAGAAGAAUCUGGCUGAUCACACUGAGUUCUUGAAAGCUAAGAAGGAGAUGGAGGAUUGGUUGCGCACGGCUCAGGGUUCGGUAGAAGAUUGCAUCGGUGUGGGAGACACGGCUUGGGCAAAGGAUAAGUUGGAAACCUUGAGGCUGGUUGCAACACGCGUGACGGAGGGCCAACAUCUGCUAUCCACGUUGCAGAAUGCCUUUGCAAAGGCAAUUAACAUGGCUCUUCCAGAGCAACAAGAUCAAUUACGAUCGGAUAUGGCCAAUCUACGUUCGAAUUGGGAACAGUUGAGUAUAGAUCUCAAUACAGUUCAAGCCAGAGUAAAAUCGGUUUUGAAUCGUUGGGAGGAUCACGCGGAGGCGCAUAAUAAAUUCGCGAAGUGGUUAGAAGAGAGCGAGAGUGCCGUCAGAAAUUCUCCAGAUACGAAGGGAGAGUUUGGCGAAAUGAAGACAAUGCUUGAACGGUACAAGCACAUUCAAGACGAGAUUCGCGACAAGAAAUCCGAUUUAGAUCAUCUGAUGACGGAAGCAACGGAACUGUCAGCAUGGGCGAAGAACAAUAAGACACUAAGUGAAACGAAGCAAUUAUUAAGUCGAUGGAAAGCGCUAACCGAGCUUGUUGGCGAGAGGAAGAAGCUUAUGGAAAACGAGAUACAAGAAUAUAACGCAUAUCACGCUGCUCUGCAGGAAACAGAAAAGUGGUUAUUGCAAAUCUCCUUCCAAUUAAUGGCCCAUAAUUCUCUCUAUAUUACGAACAAAGAACAGACGAUUGAGCAGAUCAACCAGCAUGAAGCAUUAUUGGCUGAAAUUCAAAAAUACCAGGAAGUAUUGGACGAGCUGAGAUUGAAAGGUCACGGUCAAAUAAGCCGAUAUGUCGAUGCGAAUCCCACUAUUAAAUCAACUAUAGAGACGCAGUUGCAGAACGUGCAGGACAGCUACAAUUCGUUGUUGAACACCGCUUUGCAAAUCAAGAACAGAUUGACGGAGUCACUGAAUAAGUUCCAGGAAUACGAGAACACUUUGGAGAGCAUCAUGAAGAAUCUAGACGCGUACGAGACGGAAAUGGCACAAUUAUUGGAAACUCCGCUCGAUAACUUAACUACUGCUGAGCAGAUCCUCGAGAGUGCUCGCACUUUGCAUAACAAGCUGCAAGCCGAGAAAGCUCGACUGGCAUUAGCGGUAGAAGCUUGCGAGGCUGCGGCAGCAUGCGUCUCCAGACCCGGUAGUCCUCUCGACGCACCACCCAUUCAAGUCCCCGCGAGGGAAGUCGAAGUCAGAACAAGACUCGAUGAUCUUAUUGACCAGAUGCAAACGCACUUGGCGAACGUAAUGAAAACGGUGAGUGAACUCGAGGAACAGUUGCGACAAAAGAAUUCGCUCCGCUCUUGGAUCAAUCAGCAACGAGCCCUUUGUGCCGAAUGGAAAUCGCGACCGGCGAAAUUGCGAGCGGAGGCUGCCCAGGCCGAGUUGCAGGCGAUGAAUGAAUUGCUCACCAACGUGGGCGAACGCCGCACACGCGCAUUGACAGAGUUGUCGAUUCACGAAGAGGAUCACGACAUUGAGGAGGGAUUGAACAAGUUAGAGGCCGAACUGACUGAUGCCAUCGCUGGAAAACAAGCGGCCCAGGAUCUAAUUCAGAAGUACAGAUCACAAGUGCAGGAUACUCAAACCUGGCUCGAUGGCCUGUCGAAGAAAAUCGACAUGAUUGAGAAGGGUAGCGGAUUGACUAUCAGCCAGAAGAUUUCAAAUCUUAAAGACAUCACGGGCGAGUUUGAGUCUCAGGGAACGGAAAAAUUGGCGGAGGUCAAGAAACUGGGCGAUCAGGUGAUGGACUCGGUCAGCAAUCUGGACUCUCAGCAAAUAGAAGAGCAAAUCAAGUCAGUGGAAAGACGAUACACCGACAUUGGCAAGAAGUUGCAGAGAAAAGCCCAAGUCUUGGAAAUGACGGCGCAAGGCAUCGAAGCCACUAGACGGGAGAUUGAAGAGAAUCGCGAGUGGAUCGAACAGAAGAAACAACAAGUGAAGAUGCCGGAGUUACUUGGCUUCGAAAGUAAACAGGCGGAAGAAAGACUCCUGACUCUCAAGACUAUGCUGAAAGAGGCGGAUGGAAAGCAAUUGAUUAUAGAUACACUGGAAAAGAGAGUCGGAAAUAUGCAGAACGAAUUGGAAACUAGCGAGCAGCAGCAAUUAGAAACCGACACGAAAUCUUUGCGCGGCGAGCAGGUCGAGCUGUGCGCCAUUUUGAGAGAAGAAAUAUCCGUUGCGAGUGCCGCGGCCGAUGCACGUCGCAAAUUGGAGGCUGAUAUUGAAAAAGCACGAAAUUGGAUAAAGUCCAAGGGCAACGACUUGAAAAAACUCAGCGGAUAUCUGCCUCUGAAAGCUUCCAAGGUUGAGCAAGAUAUUGCGCAACACAGUGGAUUGGAAGCGGAUAUUAAUUCCUUUAACGAGAGCAAUCUUAAAGAUAUUCUCAAACAAGGGCACAGCUUGUUGAAAGAUUGUAAUGCAGACAGUCGCGCCAAACUUCAAGCCCUCCUGGACGAUUUGAGUAAGGAUUACGAGGAAUUGAAGAAGGAAGCGAAAGAAAAGCAAGCCUCGUUAGCGGAUCUUCUUCAGGGACGCAAGGCCUUUGAAAGUGAAUUGGACAAGUGUCAACGAUGGAUUAAGGAAGCCGAAGUGGCUACCUCUUCCGAGUUACGACCAUCCAGUCUUGACAUUCUUCGUGAGCAACUUGCUAAAUACGAUCGAUUGAAGAAAGAAGCGCAAGAGUAUGGUGAUGAUAUAGAAAAGAUAAAUCAACAAGGAAAAUCAAUUUUGCCGACUGUGAGCGACGCCGAUAAGCAAGAGUUGGGCGAACAACUGAAAAAUAUGAAGGAAGCUCACGGCCGAGUGGCCGGUGUGAUAAAUGAGCGAGCGAUCGCACUCCAGAAGAGUAUAGACGAAGCCGAACAAGCUGCCGCGCGUGUGGCGGAGGCAAUUCAAUUUAUGACAGAUAUUCAAAAGGAACUGCACGAUCUGAACAAGCCGAUCGGUGCUCGCGUGGAGGACGUGGAGGGAAUGUUGACCGCUUACGAGAGGAUUUUGGGCGACCUCAAAGCAAACAAGGCUAAGCUCUCUGAUCUUCAAUCCGCUAAUGUGGGAGAUCUGCAUAAUGUCCUGGCCCAGCAGGACGAUCUAAUAAGAGCACUUGAAGCGCAAAUAGCGAAGCUUCGUCAGUUGCUAUUAUUACGACAGCAAUUUAUCGCCUUAAUCGCAGAGAUCACCACUUUUAUUACCAAGUACACUGAAAUUGUUCGGGAUAUCGAGAAGUCCGGACAAACAACGGAAGAAAAAAUUAAAAGGUAUGACGACGCUAUAUUAAAGAUUCAGGAGUGUGAAGCUACCCUCGCUAGUGCAACGGAUAAGGGACAGCAGAUAGCGGCGGAAGGUUCGAUUGUGGACAGGAACAACGUGACGGAGCAGCUGCAAUCGUUGAAGCAACAAUUACAGGUCCUCCGACGAGCCGUGGAGACGCAAAGGGAGAAACACGAGCUGGCGGCGGCCGAACAUAAGAGGCUCGCCGACGAAUUGGCGGAUAUCCUUGACUGGCUUGAAAGUAAGGAGAAGGAGGUCAAGUCCAGACCGCUGUUGGAGAGGGACCCGGCGAGCGUCGAAGCGGAAUUGAAGAAGCAUCAUGCCCUUUGCGCCGAGGUGAACGAAUAUCUGGACAGAAUCAGAAAUCUCAAGGAAUCACUGCGGCACGAAGAAGGGAUGCCGGGAUCCCUGAAGGAAAUGCUGAGCGAGGCGGUCUCCUUGCUAACGUCCUUGCCGCGGGAGAUGGAAGAGCGUGGAAAUUAUUUCGAGACCAACAUGCAGAUGAGAUUGGAUUACGCGAAUCUCACGGACAAGCUGCACAGCUGGGCCCGCGAGGCUGAGAUUCGCCUCGAGAGCAACAAGGAGGGUCUCGACUUUGAAAAUAUUCUCACCGAUCUGGAGGAACAUAAGAUAUAUUUCAGCACCGAACCUUCGAUACGCGAGCUCGUGUCGCAACAAAUUCAACAGGUGGCAGACAAGAUCUGGCCGUCUUUGGACAGUUACGAGCAGGAGGAACUAAGCGCCCAACAGCAGCAGCACACGCAGCUGUUAAAGAACACCCUGAACACAGCUAAGUCGCAACGUUCACGUCUGGAGCAGGGCGCGGAGAUGUGGAGGGAUUACACGCAGAGCUUGGAGCGCGUUCGCGCCGUCAUCAGCAGGACCAGAUUCACGGAUGAACCGGUCACUACGUUAGCUGGAUUGCAAUUCAAUAUCCAGAAAAUUGUUCAUGCCAUCAAUGACAUCCAGAAUCAACAAUUCGAGUUAGAUCUUCUCGACGAACGUGGACGAGAAGUUCUCCGGCUUGCGGACGUUAAUAAUAAAAAAACGAUAGAAUCGCAGCUCUCCGAGAUCAAUUCGGAAUGGCGCGGAUUAGUUUCGGGUCUCGAAGGACGUAGAGAUACUCUCGAGGCGUUAUCGCGACACUGGGAAGACUUGGAAGCGCAAUGGGCCGUGAUCGAAACGCAAUUGGCUGCGACUGAAGAGAAGAAUAAACUCGUCGAUACCGUAGUGCGGUCGAAACAACAUUUACAAGAUACCGUUAAAGCAUUAGAAGAACUUGUAACGGAAGCUGAAAAACUUAAACCUGCAACGGAAGAAGUGAAAAACUUGGCGGGACCUGUGCUUGCGUAUCUAUCAGCGUUUACAGAAGCGCCGGCACGAAGUCUCGAAGAACGCCUCGAAAAGCUACAAAAAUCCGUCGAAUCACUCGUCGGCUCGCUUCGUGGAAAGUCCGAGAAGGCGAGCGAGGAUCUGGAGGCGCUCGAGAACAUCGAACGUGAGAUCGAGCGUCUGCGAAAGCGAUUGAACGAGGCGCGCGAAAACGCAUCGAAUUUGUACGUUUACGGCGUUGAUCAGGACGCAACCGAGAUCGAACUGGGCGAGCUACGCUCACAGGUUGAGGAUCUCGUCGAUACCGCCAAGAAGUUCUCAGGAAACAUUAAGGCGCGGUACCAAGCUAGCCAGCAGCUAGUACCAACUGACAUCACCCAGCAUCUGACCGCACUCGAGCUUUGUGCCGAGGCGACGGCACAAACGAUGGAGGAGAAACAGAGAGAACAGAAACGUGCCAGGACCGUCAGGUCGGACUAUCUGACCGACGUGGACGAGGUGCAGACAUGGAUCCGCCAAGCCGAGCUCAAGGUACAGGACAGAUCGAUCGAGCCGGCGAUUCUCAGGGAACACCUCCGACAAAUACAGAACGAACUGGGCACGAUUAGCGACAAGCUCGAACGACUGACGAGGAACGGGCAAACCAUCGUCAAGAACACGAGGGACGACGCUGAGAAGGAACUGAUCAACAGCACGAUCGGCAAUCUAACCGAACAGCUGGCGCAGGUCAGGAGUUGGCUGGAGGAGAAGAAACAAAUCGUAGGCGAUACCUUAGAUGCCUGGCAGAGGUUCCUCACGCUUUACGAAGCCGUCAAAGCAUGGACGGAGGAGAAAAGACAAUUCCUAGUCGAGCCGUUGAAGCUCAGCACUCUUGUGCAAGCUAGACAAAGGCUGCACGAAUAUUCGACGGCAGUCAAGAGCUGCAAGCAGGUGAAUAAGAAUCUCAGUGAUAUGGGCCGAGAGUUGGAGAACAUCGGUCAAGUAACUAGCGUGGGCGAUCUACCGGAGAAGCUCGCCGAGGCGGAAGAGGGCAAGGUUCAGGUUGAGGGUCAGCUGUUAGAAAGGAAUGCAUUGCUGCAAGAGACAAGUGAAGAAUGGGAGCAAUGCGAGAAGAAGAUGAAGGACGUGCGAAGCUGGAUGGAGAAGGCCAGGCAGACGCUGGAAUCGCCACAGAAUAAAAAGAAGCCGCUGCGCGACCAACACGCCAUUCGUGAGAAGAUGCUCAGCGAUAUCGCGAUUCAAAAAACGAAGAUCACGAUCUCGGUGGAGAAGCUCGAGGUGCACUUUAGGUCCGGUAUCGUCGGUGACAAUCGUGUGAAAGACACCGCCGACGAGCUGAUUGCCGAACUGAACUCCCUUCACAGCACCGUCAAAGAGCAAACAACUGCGCUAGAAGUUUGUUUAGCGCAGAUAGAUCAGUAUCAGCAGGAAAUUCAACAGUUGAGACAGCACAUUGUACAGGUGGAGCAACAGCUGAGGACGGUACUCAGCCCGACGUACAUGCCGACUGACCGGGAAAAGGCUCUUCAAGAGCAACAGCAGAGCCUGCAGCAACGGAUGGAGGAUUGGAAGCAACGCAGCAAGACGCUGGUGGAUCAGAUACACGCGGUGGAUCCAUACUACGUACCCAUCAACGAGUGCCGGUUCGUAGGCCAAGCCUCGUAUGCCGAUAUCGCAGCGGGACGUACCAAUAGUCCGAGCUCGAGAAACUGUAGUCCGUAUAGACACCAACGAGAAGUCACUCCUCCCAUCAUGACCGCGCAAGUAUUACAAUCUAACGUGGUUACGCGAGCUCAAAAGUUGGCUGUGGAACAUGCCCCUUCGUUGGAGGCACAGGUCUCAAAGACGCAAGCUCUUCCGGAGAAAGAUGCAGACGUGAACAAAUUGAAAUCGCAGCCGCGAACUGAGACACGCGUGCAAACGACAGACGAUCGGGGCGCGGAAGAAUGUCGGCAAACUGUUCCCGAGGUCGUCGUCGUGUCGCCUGCGCCACGUCGAGGACGAUCGCCCACGCGCAAAACAAACAACUCCAGAGUGAAAGAGCCAAGGGCGACAGCGCAUCGGAAAGGAGAUGAAACUGACGGACGCGACGACCUUCGACCUGACGCGAGUUCAAAGCAGGAAGCACAAGCGGAGCAGCCCGCGAGGAGCACUUUAGCGCCGCGUGAAGAACGAAGAGGACGUUCGCCCAGUCCCAUGUGGGUGCCCGGUUCCACCUCCUAUGCCGAUAUCCUUCGCGGAUGCUCACAGGCGACGGCGCAAGACGUCAACGCAGCCUCUGCGCAGCUGCCACCCGCGCAAAAAAUGGUUUCCCUAUCCGGCGAGUCACGACGCGGUCGAGCCGAAGUUCCUCGCGCGGAGCAAGUUACAUUCGCGAUGAGUGCCGACAAGUCACAACAAAUCGUGGAGGUUCAGCCGGUCGUACCGACGCAAGAGGUACAGGUGGAAGACGUGCGAAUCGCGGAGACGACUUACUGUCAACCCCCUGAAAUUUCCACGGAGGACAACGCGGAGGAUCAAAGCUACGCUGAAUCUGAACCGACCAGUUGGACUGACGAGGCCCUGCAGGAUUACAACAUGCUGCAACACGUGGAGCCGUACGAGAACGUUCCGAGACAGCCGCAAUCGCAGACGGAGGUCUACGAUUACAUGAUACCGGAAACUAUGCCGGAACUGGUAGGUUUCAUCGGGUCUCAUCUCGGAACGUAUCCAGUGAGCGCGUACGUUUACGCGCCACCCGGUCAUCAUCAGCAAAUGCAGCAAAUUAAUCCAAUGAGCUUGGAUCCUUACAAUAGUGGCUCCUUGGCUUACGCGCCGGAACACUACGUCACGCAAACUGCGUAUAUUUCGGCGCCGGAUAUUUAUCAACAAACGCAGCCGAUGCAGCAGCCCGUUAACGAGACGCAUGAGAACAUGAGACGCGCAACCGCGACCUUGAUGGAGAAACCCGUCGAGGUGCCAGUAGUUAAACAACCUGAGGUUUCCAAAGACGCGAUCGCGACUAAAUCUGUUGAUCAGCCAAAGCCUGUAAAUGUCUCAGAUGUAGAAACUUCUACAACGAGCAAAGCAGAAGGAAGGAAUACGUCGUUGAACAAUGCGGAAGUCAAAGGACAAACUUUCUCGUAUGCGCAAAUACUUUCGCAAGGACUCAAUCCACGUGUCACUUCGAUACGCGUCAGCGAAUCGCCAGCCGCGAGUUACCACGAUAAGGAGCGUUCUAUUUCGCCAAAAGAAUCAGUCGAGUUAUCAUUCUGCAAAUUAUCGUCGUUGCAGGAAUCAAAACCCGAGCGAGAUUUGCAAUCGUUCGCGGAUACGUCAGAGCAAGCUAGACAAUCCAAAGAGAACGAUUGGGAUACAAUGAAGAAACGAGAAGUCAGAAAGAGGGAACAUCAAUCGAAUGACAAAACUAGGCAAACGGAUGAGAAAAAAUCUCGCAAACCUAUCGAUAAACCGAAAGAGAAACAAAAGCAAGAAAAAUUAACUCUGCUGAAGCAAUUGGUGGAAACACAAGACGAACCAGUUUCCAAUGAAACUAUCGACAGCCCAGCGCAAAAGGAGGACAAACCAGUGCAGCAAAAAAGGUCAGCCAUUGAUUUAGAUGCAGCAGAUCUAUCGCAAGAAAAGAAACGUAAGCAAAAGAAAAAGAAAAUAGAUAAGUCAGUAAAAGAUGAAAUUGACAAAGCCCUUAAAGAGAUUGAAGAUAUGGAUAAACAGAAAACGAAGUCUCAGAAAGACAAGCCAAAAGAGCAAAAUAAGGAACAAAACAAACCUCGAGAUUCUAUUAAUGAACCCAUGGAAAAAUAUAAAGAUGACGAUGAUAGAAAACAAAACAAAUCUGCCGAGAAGCCCAGAAAAUCAGGAAAAUCUAAAGAAGCAAGAAUAAAAGAAACCACGGAACAUGUCACAUUGUCAAAACAAACUAAAGCAAGCGAUCAAAGUAUUUUAAAAGAUAACACGGAAGAUAAAAAAGAUAUGAAAGACGCGAAAGUCUCUAAAAAUGAAGAGGAAGUAAAAGAUACUUCUAAGGAAAUGUUAAAAAAUGAAUUUCAAAUCGACAACAAUAUUUGUACUAAUUUUGACAAGCCUGACAAUACAAUAAAAUGUAAAAAUAAAACUGAUAAGAAUACGAAGGCUAAAGAACAAAGAAAAGAAAUUUCUAAAAAUAAACUUCAAGAUCAAUCGGACGUUUUAAGCAAUGAGAGAAAGGAUCAAACAAAUAUUGUCAAUGAAAACAACAAAACCGAGACUGUAAAAUUAUCAGCCAUUCAAAAUAUCGAGUUGGGAAAUGUAAAUGAAAUGACAAAAAUUGAAAGUACAAAAAAACAUAAAGAUUCAUUUAAAAACGAAAAGAACAAAACAAAGUCAUCAAAAGAGUCGAAACUGGAAACUGAGGACAGUAAUAUGAAUCAGGAAAAACUUGAGAUCAGUAAAGAAAAAAAUGAUGAUAAGUCUUUGGAAUUAAUUAAUAAAUCAUUGAGUGAACGUGAAAUAAAAGAUCUUGAUCCAAAGGCGCUUGAUAUUAUAAAAGUCGUUACCGAGGUAAACGAAAACACGAAGAAUAAAACUAAUUCUCGAAAGAAAGAUAAAGCCUCUAAAAGUAAAAUAAAAUCUAAGGCCGCAAUUGAUACAUCAUCAAUUUCGACAACUAAAGCUUUAGAUGAAAUUGAAAUAAACGGUAAAAUAAAUGAUAUCAAAAAGGACGAAACUAAAGCUGCAGAAACAGCAGCGACAAUUCAGGAAACUUCAAAAGAAGUCGUGCCAUUGCCUGAGACUGUUCAGCAAAUAGCACAAGAAAUUGUACAAAUUGAUAUUACGUAUAAAAACGAUAAAACAUAUGAUACAGCUGGAGUUAAAGAAUUGACAGAAGACAAAGAAGCAGAGCACCAAAUAAAUGCUAAAUUAGAAGCAGAAAACUUUACAAAAGAAAAUUUCGAAACUACAGUAAAUGAAAGAGAAACUAUUGUUAGUAACAGUAAAAUGAUUGAUAAAGAAAUUGAAAACCGAGAAGUAGAAAAACAAACAAAAACAAUGAAACAGAAAAAAUCCGAAAAGGCGAAACUUAAUAAAAUUCAAGAUAAAGGUAAAAGAAAAGAAGAUAGUAAUGAAACAUCACCAUUUAUGGAAAAUAAAUCUGGCGGAAAGAAAGACCUUAACAUCGAAUCUUUAAUUGCACCUAUGAUAGAAACUGAAAAACAAUCCGUAGAAGAAACAAACCUGGUUGAGCAACGUAUAUCAGUGUCUAAUAACAGUUGCUUAAUUCAAUCAAAAGUAGACACCGAAAAUAACUACGGCGCUAAAAUAGACGAAGGAGAAGAUAUAGCACUCGGUCAAGUUAAUAAACGCGCGCCAGAAACUGUUCCUAAAAGUAAGAAAAAGGGCAAAUCGAAAGACAAGGCUGUCAUUCGAUCGAUGCACGAUAUAAAAUUGCCGGAAGGCUCUAAUUUAAAUAAUGUGGUUGAGACUGCAGCAUCUGUAAUCGUAGAAUUAGGUGAAUCUAUUAAGCUUACCGAAGAUGAUAAACCAGAAGCAGCUUCAACUUUGGCUGAAAAACCAACAGUAAUGGAUUUGGCAAUUUCUACAGCACCUGAAAAUGUUGAAACUGUCUCUGUUACUGAAACAUUUUCUAAGGAAUCUCAAGUUUCUUCAGAAAUAAAUUAUACCACUACGGAUGUUGAAGAAAAAUGUCAGAAUACUACAAACGGGAAACUGGAUCACGAAGCAAUUGUUAAAAACGAAGAUAUUAAAACCGACGACAAUAAAAAUUCUUUAAUGAAAGAGGAUAUUGAAAAACCAAAGGAUAUACCUAAAGAAAAGACGUCGAAACGCACGAAGAGAAAAGAACGCCAAAUUCCUAAGCACAUAGCUGAGCAAACAAAACAAUCUUCCUCCUUUCAUGAUAAGCUUCAAGAAGAGAUCGUUUUCAAGGAUAAUUCAGGGAAGAAAGAAACUUUGAAGCUUACAACCAGUUCGAAAGAAGAAAAGCUUAGUGAAAAUCUAUCUCCUCUUGCGAAAAUUGAUAAUAUUGAUAUCGAAAAGACGCAAGAGUCAUCGAAAAAGGCUGAGGCUGAAAUUAAAUUUGGUUCUAAAGUUUCGAAUGAUUCAAUCGACGAAGCUCAAAUACACGAAAAACUCGUAGACGAAAUGCAUACUGAUAACCUGGAAUAUGAGCAACCGUCUUUGACGGGGAAGGCUCUGAUUAUAGAGAAAACGGUUACGACCGUAACAACCACCACCAGCGUUCCAGGAUUGGUAAAAGUCAAGCCAUCCAAUGUUAAAUCUGUCAAGUCGGUAGAGAUCAUAGAAAACAUACCCCUUCCCAAAAUCGUAAGUUCCAAAGUUACCGAGUUGAUCACUUUGCGUCCUGAAACCGUUGAGGCUAGUCUUACUACUACUUAUGCUAGGGUACCGAAUGAUUCUCUCGCUAGUAGUUAUUCGGUGCAAUCGGAUCAGGCAGCGAUUUCUCAGGAAGUAGGCUCAACUUCCGCGAUUUCUACCGAGAACAUCGUGAUAUCCGACGAAUCCGCUCUGUUCGGUAGCGUGAAAGAUAGGAGAAGGGUUUGUUCGAACAUUUCAGAGAGUCGCGAUGUGUCAAGAAAGUACCCAUCGAUAAUUACUGCACCCGAAAGGGGAGAACAUAUUGCUCAAUUAGAUAACACGGAAGGUUUGGGAGAUCAAUUAGAAGUUCCUAAAGAGAAAUGCGAAAAUGAUAACAUAGAGAAAGACAACGCUAUUACGACAACGACGUUAGGAAUUGUAACCGUUGACACUAUUUCACAAAAUGACAAUAUUCUAGAAAAUCAGAGUAUUGAUAGUUCAGUUAAAAAUGAUAAUACUGUAGUAAGUGAUGAAACUAGUCAAGUUGACGCACAUAUUUUUUCAAUGAAGGAGAAGGAUAAAUGUAUAAAUGGAAAUAAAGUCAGUAGUGUCGAUACAAUAGAGAAGAAUCAGGAAAAAGUGGCGGAUGAAAAAGUAGAGUUUGUGAUAAAGCGUGAAAGCGAAUGCCUAAUUAACGAAGGAAUAUUCGAAAGCAUAAAAAUAAAGAAGGAAAUAGUGCCUGAAUAUUUAUUAGAUCUUAUUAAACCUUAUGCCAUGGACCGCCAUGCUUACAAUAAUGCAGAAAGUAAUUUUUACCGUUAUUUCAAAGUCGUCAAAGUAGUAAAAGAACCACAACUACCUGCUAUUUCGACAAGAUCGGAGAGUGUAGAAAGAAUUAUACAAGAAUCGAUAAUGAAACCUAUUAAAUCGGCGAGUCAAGAAAUGUGUGAAGUAGAUAACAGAAGACAUGCUCUUAUGACAGAGGCGCCAAAGUAUCCGAUCAUGAGUUUUAACAAAUUUGAAUCGGAUUGGGUUAAAACGAAAUUUAUCCCUGAAAAAUCAGUAUCUGUCUCGUCUGAUAAUUCUGAAACAUCUACAAAAACUGCGAUGGAAAAAGAGAAACAAAUUAUUGAAGGAAAAGAAACAAUAAAUGUAGCGUCUGAUUUUGCAGAAGAUAAUACUGCGAUUAAUACAGAUAAGAAACUUAAAACAAUUGAAACAGAUGAUAGUGAAAAUAAAGAUGAGAAAUGCGAUUUACAGCAAUCUGUACGCUUAGUUUCCGAUGAUUCGUGGAUGUAUAUUUUAGAUGAACCAAUGAUAAUUGAGGAUAAUCUUGACGAUUCAAUUAAUUCAGAAGAAAACGCAAUUGAUGAAACCGUAAAUAAAGAACUGAUAAAUGUCGAAAGCCAGGGUCAAAUAGAUGGAGUACAGGUAAAAAAAGAUUUAUUAAGCGCCAGUUUUGAAGUUUUAGAAGUUCCAUUGUGCACAAAAUCAGUUGAAGAAAAUCAGGAACCGGCUACGUUAGUUAGCACAUCUGUUAACAUGCCAUUUACUGAUAUAACAAAUUUAGUUAAUACUACGAGUGAUUCAAUAUCACAAAUAAUUACUGAAUUAAAUUAUGUCAUCGUUGAAUUACCUACGAAAGAAAUCGAUGACAAUCAGUCAACAGAUACUGAACCAAUAACAGAUGUAAAUAUUGCAGACAAAACUGUUAUGAAAAAUGAUGUUGAAAUCGAGCAAGAAACUAAAGCAAGGCCAGAAAAAAUACCAUCUGUACACUUAGAAUCUGAUGAUGCUUGGAUGGCUCUUCUUGAGGAACAAAUUAUAAUUGAUGAUUUUGAUGAGCUGGAAACAGAAAAAGAGGAUGAAAAAAUAGAAGGAACGAUUGAAAGGAAAGAAGCUGAACAACAAAUCGGUGAAAAAGAAAACGAAAAAAAUGAAUCAGUAAUUGAAAAACACGAAAAUAAAGUUGAACAGAAAGAACCGAUUAUUGAACAACAAAAUGAACAAAUUGAAAAAGAAAUGACAACGGCAGGAGAAAAAAUUGAAACGGAAGAAUUGAAGACUGAAGCUCUAAAUAAUACAUCUCUAGCCAAAAUUGCUAUAAAAGAUGAAUAUCAUACUAUCAUAAAAGAUAUUCAAAAUGAAACUUUGACAGAUGAAAAACAAAGCGACAGAACGAAAAAUCAAUCGAAGAAAAAGAAAGAAUCGAAACAUGAUAAAAUCAUGAAAACUAAAGCGAAAACUAAAAGUUUAAAAAAACAAAGUGACAUAACAGAGAUUAAAACAAACAUUGUUGGAGAUGAUUUGCCAUUAUUACAAAGUAAUUUAGAAGAACAUAAAAAAUUGGAAAACAAAAGUGAUUUAAAAAUAAAAGAAGCAGAAGAAUCUUUGAGAGCGGAUGAACAACAGAGUGCAUUGCAUAAAGAUAAUUUAAAAUCAAAACUGUUAGACGAAUCAGUAUCGAAAUCAAAAUCGCAAGAUACGAUUGAUGAAGAAUAUGAGAAGCCAUUAUCAAAACAUGAAGAACGCAAAUCGAAAUCUGACAAGAAAUCCAAAAAACAAAACAAAAAAUCUGAGAAUACUUUAAAAGAGAAAUCAGCAAGAGUAAAACGUGAAGAUAACAUAAAGAAAGAUGACAAUAUUGAACUUUCUAAAGCAACAGAAAGCGAAUCUGAAAUAUCAUCAAUUGUGCAAAAACAACAGGAAUCAAAAGAUGACGUUAAAUACGACACUCGAUUGAAUCCGAACGCCAAAUCAUGGGCAGCCAUUGUUGGUACAAGAGGUACAAUGGAAACAACAGUCGUUUCAAAAGAUGAAUCUUUGAAUACUCAAACACCCGUUGUUAUUCCUCAAGAUACAAGCGACAGUGUUACGAAUGUGAAUCAACCGCAAGUAUCGAGUGUGCAUGAUUCAUGUGAAAUACCUUCAAAAGCAGAAACGCCUACGGCGCAUUCGCCGUCAUUAGAAAGUCAAAUUAGCAAAAUCGAGGAAUUAAAGACAACAAUGACAGACGAAACUGUCAAACCGAUAACAGAAAAAUCCAAUGUACCGUUGAAACAGCUUAAAGAGAGUAACAAAUCUUACGCGGAAGUCACAGCGUCUUCUCAAAGAAUUUCUCCUCAGACUUCUCAAGAAGAAACGUGUUCGAUUAAACCUGUUCCACUAAAGAAUGACCAUUUAACGGUUGAUGUAAAAAUGUCGAUUUCAGACGAAGUACACGAAGAUGUUGGUACAGAGAAGUCGCACAGUCCAAUAGAGGAGGAUAAUAAACAAGAUGAAAUGGUAGUGCAGCAAUCUUCUGACCACCAAACGGUUGAUCCAAACCUUGUUUCUCAAGAAGAAUUAAUUCCAUGGGUAGAAGAAGUGGAAAAAGAAACAUUGGUCGCUUCAACCAUCUCUGUUAAUUCUAACAAUAUGAAAGAAAAUGAAACAUAUGCAAAAGCGGAAAACACAUGGGCUGCAAUAGUUGGUAAAAAAUCUGCAGAAACGGCGGAAGUUAAUGAUAUUAUUAAUCCCGAGUUAAAUCUUUCUAAAUCGGAACAGGUUCCAACGCAAGUUCAAAUUUAUGUGGAGGAGGCUCCUAAACAGGAACCUAUAGAGAAUUUAGUUCAAGUGGACGAACAAGGUUUUAUAGAAUUCGUUAAUCGAAAGGAGUUACGGUCCAGACGUUCUAGAUCGCGCUCAAGAAGUGCUAGGCGAGAUUACAAACACGCGAUUGCAGAAACGUCAAAUUCGGUUAGCAAUGAGGAAAUUAAAACACCAGAUGUAAAAUCUGAAAGUGGUAAAGAUGUUAAAGUCAAGGAGGAUAUUGAACAAGCUGUACAGAAACAUGAUGAACAGAAAACGGUUGACAAGAGUGACGAAUUGGCACAGGUUAUUAAAGAAGAAAAUGUCAAACCAUCUAAAAAGGCACAUACUUCUAAAAGCAUCGAUAAAGACAAGCAGAAAAAUGAUUUGAGUGAAGAAAGAAGUAAAAGCAAGCUUGCGGAUGAUGAUAAGAGCAAUAUUAUUCAAGGAACAAAACCCGUGUCAGACGGAACGUUUAAAAAUAAAAAGAAUAAGUCGAAGAAUAAAUCCGGUAAAGAUCCUGUAAAACAACAGAUUGAAGUCAAAGAACAAAAUAUAAAAGAUAUAAGGCAAACCGAAAAAUCAAAAGAGGAUAAAAAAUCUGCAAAUGAAAAUGAAACAGAAUGUAAUGGGAUUCAAUCAGCAAAUAUUAAAAAUCAGUCAGUAAAAGAAACACAGUUAAGUAAAGAUACAGAACAUGCUCUAGAGGAUAAAUGCAAAGAUGUGAAAACACUUCCGGUUAUGGAACAAGCCAGUGCUACUAAAUCUAAAAAGAAGAAAAAUAAAAUAGGAAAACUCGCGAAUGAACAAAUGAGUAAAAACGUUUCUGACAUAGACAAAAAGAUAGCUGGAGAUUUGAAAACAGAAUCCUCAGUGGAGUCAAAAAUAGAUGAUAAAGUACAAAUAAAACUCGAGGAAGUAAUUAUUACAGAUACAUUAUGUAAUGUACCUAUACAUGCUGAAAAUGAAGAAAAUCCAAUAGAAAAUAUUAAACAGGACAUAACUGGUGAAAUUACAGAACAAGAAAAUAUUGAACGAAAGACUACAGUUAACGAAUCAGAAGAUGCAAAGACAUGUAAAGAAUCUCAUUUAGAAAAGGUGGAAGAAAAUGUAGUGGAAGAAAAAGAAAUUCCUAAACUCACAAAAGCGGAAAAACGAAAACAGAAGAAAAAAACAAAAAUAAUCCAAAACAAAUCCACUGAUUUAUCGGAUGAUAUAAAUGUCGUUAAAAAUAUAGAAAUUGAAGAAACGAUUAAAGUAACAGAAGGAAUAAUUCCAAAUACAGCAGCAUCAAAAGACGAUAAAAUAGACAAUGAAUUGAUAACUGAAACACAGUCUGUACAAAUAAAAGAAAUUGAGCAGUCUUCGGAAAAAUCUGAGGUUGAAAAUAAAACCCCACUCUCGCAAAUAACUUCGAUCAAAGACAAACAGAAAGUUAAAAGCAAAUCCAAAUCAAAGAAAGAAAAACGACAAAAAGAUGAUGAACCUAACGCUCAAAAUUUGACAACGACACUUACUGACUCUAAGGAAAUCGAAACGGUAUCCGCUGCAGAAAACAAUGAGACCAUAAAUUUGUCUAAAGACAUAGUAGAACGCGAUAUUAUGCAGAAAGAAAAUGUCAAAGAUCAGGUAUUAGAUAACGAAGUGACUGAAAUUUCACAGUCUCCAAAAGACAUAAUUGACGAGAACGAUUUCUCUGUUGCCUCUGAAAUAAUUAAGCAAGAAGAUGUUAUAGAAUCCAAAGAAAAUGUCUCUGAAACCGAAGCACCCGUUAGUAACAUUACUUUGACAGAAAAAAUUGAGUUACCUCAAAGAGAGGCGUCGCAUCAUGACCCUGAUGACACUUUGAAACUGAACGAUACUACAAUUACCAAUGAUAUCACAAAGGUCGAGUCGGUGGAGGUAUUAGAUAAAACAGAUAAAUCUAUUGAUGAAAUAAAAAUGGACACGUCCAUUCCAAUUAAUAACGUCUGCGUACAAGAAGAGCCACCGUGUGCCACUACCAAUGCGAUUAUAAAACAUUCUCCACCGUUAGGCAAUGAUAUCACAAAGGUCGAGUCGGUGGAGGUAUCAGAUAAAACAGAUAAUUCUAUUGAUGAAAUAAAAAUGGACACGUCCAUUCCAAUUAAUAACGUCUGCGUACAAGAAGAGCCACCGUGUGCCACUACCAAUGCGAUUAUAAAACAUUCUCCACCGUCAGACAAAUUGUCCUCCACCGUGCAACAAUCCUUCGAUGACGAAGACAAAUUGAAGCGCGUCGCAAGUAUCGAACAAGACAAUGACGUUUCGGUCGAGCCGUCUAAACCCAAAGUACAAUUCUAUAUAGCAGACGAGAUCUUAGUUCUAAGUCCCGAACGGCGGAAGUGCGUUCCGUCCCUCCUGCAGGAACAGCCUGCAGCCGACUUGUGCAGCUCACGUUUCCUGUCCAUCGACGAUGGCUUUUGGCCCGACAAACGACUCUAUCACGAAGCCGAGCGUGAUCAUUUCGAGAGUCUAGCCUUAUACAAGAGUCUCUCGGACGACAGUAAACGUGAUUCCGAUGAUCGUCAUCGCCCCCGCGAUCACGACGAUGACAAUUCGGGUGGCGGUGGUAGCGGCGGUGGCAGUAGGUCACGGGAUUCUUGUGGAAAUUCGCGUUCCCUUCUGGGCGCACCCCAGACGGAGCGUAUGGUAGCCGAUCUACCUGGUGGCAUGUGUAGCUGGAGCGAUUAUAGCACGUACCUAUCGAGCGAGAGCGAGCGGACGAUGGAUCAUAGUCUCCCACUCGGAACGAACGAGGUUCCAACAUUCGAUUCGGGUUUAUCUUUGGAUGACUCGUUGCCGAGCGAUGUCCAGUCAUCAUCUCCCGUGUCGUCCCCUCCCUCCCAUGACCCGCAGACCGAGUCGCGUGUGGAGUCUCUCGCAGAUGCCGAAAUAACUCUAAAGGAAUGCCCUACUGACUCUUCUUCGAGUAACUUCCAAAGUCCCGAUCAUCCUAGCACUUGCACCACGUCGUCGACCUUUGCCCAUCUUCGUCCACAAUCCAAACUGCAUUUAGGUGAGGAGAAGAGGGAGGGAUCCGUGCAACGGUGCAGCCCGAACGGGGAGGUGGAGAGAGAAACGACUAAAGGCGAGGCUGAAAGAAGGAUACGCAGGAUCCAGGAUGUCGAAGAAGGCCUCGCUUCUCUACAAGCAAGACUUUCAAAUCUCGAAAAAACGAUGGCUUACUUGCCCCGAGACAGCAUAGAAUCUAUGCUUUCAUCUCUUAUGGCUGUAUUGACGGAACUUCGGACUUACGACGAAGAAGCUACACAACUUCAAAAACAAUUACAUGAAAUUCCUGCCGACAUUGAGUCACAAAAGCUCUUAGUUGCUUUAACGGGAAUUCAUACGCACGUUACUUCUCUUCUCGAUCAAGCAGAACAAGGAAAAGUGACCCUCGAACAGGCACGAGCCAGCCGAGAGAAGCGCAGUCAAGAAAUUCAUACUUAUAAAUUAUUCCUCGAGGAGACAGAUGCUUGGCUAAGAAACGUCGCGUCAAAAUUAUCUGAGCAACAUUCAUUUAAUACCAACAAGGCUUUGCAGAAAGAAUUAACGAGUCGCGUACAACAAGUCUCAGAACUCGAACCGUUGCCAGAAGUUAGUGCGCUAGCGAUAGCGCUAAAGGAAGCUCUCUUGGACGUAAUUAAUCGUCUUCAACGAAAGCAGCAGGAGAUAUGUGAUGAGGAAGCUCAGGCUGACGACGAAUCGACAGAGAGAGACAAUGCUACUCUGGAUGAGGCACCCUCAAUUCAUUCCUCAGUAGAAGGCAGUUCGCCGUCUUUGGCUGAUGUUUCCUUACAGACAGGUCAAAGUUUAUUAAUCGACGACGUUGUCGAGAGAAAGGCACAACUUACAAAACAGACAUCUACAACGCAAAUGCCGUCGUCAAUCACGUGCCACUCUCUCACGACACAAACGUCGCAAGAACUAUUACCAAGCGAGAGUGCUCAAACGCAGGAAGCCAUAAAGGUUCUAAAGACUACAACGGAUGAUCACGAUGUAAUCGAGAUAGCUACGAAGUACAUACCAUCUAGUUCUAGUCAAGAGAUAGCGCGGGACCAACAAUCCAGCAUUCUGCCCAGUGAAGACAUCAUUGUUGAUAUGAAGUACCAAGAUGCAAAGAAGACCGACAGCGCGACGAGUGAGCUGAACAUUGUCCACGUCGCGCCGCAGUCUUUCGAGACGGUCCUAGUCGAACCAGAUGACGUCACCACCGAAGUGGUCGUCGAUGCCGACGGCACGAAGAGGAUUAUCGUAAGGAAAUUACGACGUACCACAGUCACGAGCAGGCAAACCACACAACAACGUGUAUCCACUUUGUCGACGGCGCUCGGAGACGGACCGCCGAUGAUGCAAGCUUUCUCGGAGGCUGCGAUGAGAGAUCAACAGGUCACUAUGACCAGGACAAGACCGGAUGGCACCAUCGAGACCACGACAAGGCAGAUUUAUGGCGGCAAAGUCACUACGGGCGCACCCGCUGAAGGUAUCAGUGUGGAGGAAUAUGAAUCCGAACCUUGUUACACACGCAUGGUGACGCAAGGUCAGAUAGGAGAUAUUAGCUACCAGCCAAUCGAGGAGGAAAUACUGAUGGAGGGCGGUGAAUAUCAAACGAAGACGUCAAGCGUUCAUGCUGUGGUACAACAAGUUACGAGGCGAGUGAUCAAGCGAACGCGCAAAAUCAUUCGAAAAGUUACUAUCGUAGAUGGCAAGGAGACCAUUACCGAAGAGGUAAUUGAAGAGCCUGAAGAAGUAGAGAUAGAUGAGCAAGAUAUACCGCACAUCAGUAUCAACGUAGUUAAGAACGAGGAUCAAAAGACCAUAAUCCCGGCGGAACAGACAAUUGAGCAGCGGGAAGCGACAAUACCAAUGAAAUCUUAUGCCUCCCAAACUUCGAUGCAAGGACCAUUCUUUGGGCCAUUUGCUAAAGAUAUAACGAACGCAUAUCAAGAUAAAGCAAAGGAGAUCACAAAAACUUCGAUUGUCGAAAAGAAUAACGUCAUGGAAACUAAAACAUUAGAUAUUGAAGACUGUAAAAAGGAAACUGCAUUAUUAGAAGAACCCGGUGCUACAGUGCUUACUUUUUCGAAAGAACGCGUAUCACAAGAAGAAAAUUUGGCUAGUAUUCAAGCUGAUAAAGGUACUUCUACUGUACAAAGUGAAGAAAAUGUAGUACGAAAAGAAAUUAAAUUGCAAACGGUAGAUAAACAAGAAUAUGAGCAUUUCCCUACUAAGGUAAAUGGCAUAGGUAUACUUGCAGUCGAUAAUCAAGCAUUGAUUGAUGCUGAACGAUCUGCCGUUUUACAGACUCCCGUCGAAGAUGUUUAUGUUACAACGGUACAAUCGGAAUCUGUAAAAUCUCCAUUAGAGCUGGCCGUAACAGAUGAUGAACCGGUGGUCACCAAGGCUACUUGUAAGUCUGACGAUGCACCAAUAAAGAGCGAAACACUCAGUAUUGAGCUAGAAAAUGGCACGGUAGAAGUAGAGACGCACCAUGGUGGUAGCAGCACUGUAGAAGCUAAUAAAGAUAUCAUUGUAUCAAAUAUUGUUGUGUUAGAGGAAGAGCACGGAGAAGAAGAACCAGAAAGAAACACAUUGCUCGAAUCGUUCAAGGAAGUUACCACGUUAACAUCACUUCAAAAAUCAGAGUCUGGAUCGAUUGUUUUAACGAGUAAUUUAGACAUUUCCGAACCUGAAAACGCGGAUAAAACUACUACUAGAUUUAAAAAUGUAGAAAUAUUUUCCAGAGAACAAAUGUCAUCAGAAUUGUUCACAAGUGAAGAUAAAGACAAUUCUAAAGAUGAAGCACUCAAAUCAGAGUACAAACCAAUGUUCCAGAAAGUUGAAAUAUCUUUGUCAGUGCGUAAAGAAGACAAGGAAGUGGAGCCAUUUGUCUCUAUCAAAACUCAAGCAGAACGGCCCGAAAUUGCCCCGUAUAGUAUUGUUAAAGAAGAUGUAGAUAUUAGUCUACCAGCGGACAAGGAAACAACGGAAGUGAUACACGAUAAAAUUGUGCAAACCACCGCCUUUCUCACAGCUGACAAAGAAACGGAAACUUUACAAUUAUGUACCGCAGAAAAAGAAGUUGAUGUUCACAUCAAAUCGCCAGAAAAAAGUAAAUCCGAUACAAGUCACAAAAGUAGGAAAAAGAAACGGCAUAAAGAUAAAUCAGAGUCGUUGGAAAAGCCUGUAGAAACAGAAUCCAGUACUUCCGUUACUACAUCUAUUGCUGAAUCUAUGGAAAUUAAUAUUCCGUUAUCUGAUUCGUCUAAACAUGCUAGUGAGCAGCCGCAGCCGGAUGUUGCAGAGAUUAUUACGUCCAUCACCGAAUCUUCUUUAAGUUUAGACGACGAUGUGGCAAAGAAUGAAUAUCAACCGGAUGAUAAAACUAUGGAUGAAUUGUCAAUUGCGCCAGAAGAUGAAGAUGGUAUAAAAAAGAAAAGAAAAAAGAAAAAGAAGCAGAAGGUUCGACUUCGAGGUGAAGAUUUGACACACAUGCCUAAGACUAGCAGUGAUGAUGCGGCAUUCACGGAUAGCCUUCCAUUAGAUAUUUUAAGAACAAAAGAGGUGGUUGCAGAGAAUGAAACAAAAGAAGAUAUCAUAACAGAAAAAGAUGAUAAAAUAACGGAAGAGGAAAAGAUAAAAGAAAAAGAGGUAACAAAACCAGAGGAUAAGGCAAAAGAAACUGAAAUUGAAAUAAUACAACAGGAAAGUAAACGUAAAGGUGUGUUAGGUGACGCAAAUACUCAAACGGCUAUAGAAACAUGUGAUGUAUCCACUUCACUCACUCCAAAAGCAGAGGAGGAAAGUCUUUCUACGUUUAUGCAAACUUCUCCUGAACCGAUACCGCUUACUUUAGAAGAAGAGGUACAAACAGCUAAAACUGAAGAGAUACAUAUUGAAACGCAAACGUUUUUAGAACCCGGUCUUGACUUUAGCACGCAGACUGUUGCAGAAGAAAUUCCGGAAGUUGAAGAUUCAGGUGUGCAAACUAUGACACCUACGACGACGCCAAUGGAAGAGUUCGCUGUUCAAACUAGUCCAAUAGAGGAUACCACUUCCGUUAUUGCAGUGGAAACGGAAGAUUCUCAAGCACAAACGACUGGAAUUGAUGUUUACUCUACGGAAAUGCAAACUUCACCAGUUGAAUUAUCUCAAAUGAUAGUAACUGAAACUCAAACAACAAUAAAUACAGUGAUGGAAGUUGAACAACAGACUACCCCACCACCCGUGGCAGAAAAAGUUAUAGUGCACGAAACAUCUAUUCAAACGACUGGGGGGAUGUCAGAAUCUCUCGAUAAAGACAUGCAAACAAGUGCUCCGAUUACUCCAGAACCAGACGUAUUGCAUACAGAUACACAAACAAUCACACCGUUAGAAGUUCCUGCUGAAGCAAAAGAAACACAAACGACACCUAAAGAGAGUCCUCGAAAGGUGGAGUUGCAGGAAUCUGAAAUGCAAACAAAAUCGCCCGAACCUACCAAAGAGAUUACGAUGCAAACGAGUCCAACUAUUGAUCUAGAACCUAUCCAAAUGAGCGAAAAAUCUGCUCAAACAAUCGAAGAAAUAAAACAGACUACUGAGGGACAAUCACAAACGUCACAGACUAGUCCGAAGAAAACUGUAACCUUUGACAGUUCAGUGCAGAUCAAGGCAGAAGAAUUGAUACCGCAAAUCGAAGAGAGUAUACAAAAUAUUCCCGAAGUAUGUGAAGUCAGCGCACAAACAUCACCAAAAGAAGAGAAACAUCCAGUUGAGAUGACGUCAGUAUCUCAACAGACAACACAUGUUCCAACUCAAAUUGUUAAGUUGUCUGAGGAAGAUUUUAAGAUAGGAAUAGUUGAAAAGGAAGACCUACACAAAAUGUCCGUUCCAGUGGAAACAGCUAUAUUAAAAGAGACGAAGAAAGAAGAGAAAGUAACGUCUAUAGAUUUAGUAAAAACUCCAGCAGCACCUGAUGUACAAGUACCAGAAAUUAUGAAACAUUUAGAAGAGGUAAGAGAAAAGGAAAUUGUAAAUAAGCUGAUACCAGAGAUUCCUACAACGGUUCCUGAAAAUAUCGAACAGAUGGAAACAUCCAUCGAAAAUAAAACGAAAGACAUACGUCUUGAAAUAUCUAUGAUGGAAGAUCGUCCAAAACUAUUAGAGACUAUUGCAAAGACAAAAGAAUCGGCACCAUCUUUCAUAUCAGAAAAAGAUACUACUUCGGAUACGUCAUUUGAAAUUCACGUUCAGGCGACUAUAGAACUAUCUGCCAGUGACACACUCGAUAGUGUUGCAUCUGGUAGCAAAGAAACGACCGAUACUUCGCAAGAUACUACAAUUGCAGAAGAUCUUAAUAAUGACACAGGUGUCACGGAGCAGGACAAUAAAGCGGGAAAACGGCAAAAAAGAAAGAGAAAGCAUAAGACUAUGGAGAUUAUUCUACCGAGUAAAGACAAGCCAGAGUUUAAAUCCGUAUCUGGGCAAUCCAUAGAAUCCCAAGAUACUGACAUGAAACAAUCUUACUGCGAUGUUGUUAAACAGCAUACAAACAUUCCCGAAGAAGGCAUUCGGGAAACACUCUUAAAUAUUUCAACUACCUCGGAAGCAGUAUCUGUAUCGACGAGCGAUCAAUUUGCGAUUGACUCGACGAGUCACAACAUUCCAGAACCAACAGUACCUGAAGUAGCAACAGUACGAAAGCCAUUUGUGCUUAAUAAAGCAACGGUGGAACCAUUAUUGAUGUCGGAUCAGCAAAAACUGUCCGGAAUCACAUCUACGCAAUCGUCGCCCGAGCCAAUGGACACCACUGAAGAACCAUUGACGCCCAUAGAAAUCGAACAACCUAUUCUGAGUAAGGAAUAUAUUCAACCAUUCCGGACGGAGAUCAAAACGUAUGCCGAAGCAAUAUCAGAAGAAACACCUGCUGUAUCAUCCGAAACAUAUGAAAAGAAAGAAGCGCAAUUGUGGAAAGAACCUGUCACUAAAGUGUCGUCUCCUCAAGCCUCAUCCGCGACUUUUCUUCUGAAGGAAUCUUUAGGAUAUAGCGCCAAACCGCAACAUCAAGGAAUGCAAACGAUGCAAGCUGCUAAAAUAAUAACUGACCGGGUGAAGAAUCUGCAGAAUAGCAACGAAUCGAGUCAUUUAGGUAACAUUUUGCAUAUCGCACAUCUGGAAGAAGUUACCACGGAGAGACUCGCGGAAGAACGUUCAUCGGAUGUUCGCCGGGAACUGUCGCAACUAAGAAAUGCUGUUCAAGAGAACGAUGUGAUAGUUGUCGAGGAAACUCUCGUUACCGUCGUCGAAACGAUUUCGACUUGGCUGGAAACCAUUGAAUACCGAAUCUUUCUGAACAGAGAAUGUCCAACUGGGCCUUCUCACGACGACACUAGAACGUUCGUUGAAUUAAAAGAUGAGGUGAAUCACGUAGAAGAGAGUAUCCGCGAGCUCGAUAACAUUUGGAAGCAAUUGGAGCCGAAAUAUCCGAAAGAGGAACGAGAGAAGCUACGAGAAUGUGUGGAUGCCCUCGAGAGUCAGGUGAAGAUUAUCGGGGAUGUUGCUACCGAUGAAGAGAAACUCACUAAUAGACAACUCGCAAAAUGGGAUGAAUUUCUAAAUGGCAUUAAUAACGUGUACAGAUUAAUCGAAGAGCAACGUAAACAGCUCGAUCACAUAAUCGAAAGCGAGUAUUCGACACAAUGGAAGUUACAAGAGCUCGAUAAAUUGGAGAACACAAAUCGCUGUCACAUGUGGAAGACAAGUAGGCUUCUCGACGCCGCUCGCGAAUUAUUGCGCGAUCAUCCUGGCAAGAUUAUACCCGAAGAAACCUACGCCGCGCACGAGAUGACGAAAAUCAUUGAACAUGGUAUAUGUAUCGAACGGGAGCGUCUCCUCCAGUUGCUCGCUUUAGCCGAAGAAUACGAACAAACUCUACAGGAAUUUGCACAAAUUAUCGAAAUUGCUGAAAAUUUGCUGGACAGUCCGAUAUCCGCGGUAAGUCUGGAACAUCUUCAGGAGGAGAUGCAAAAGCACAGAAAGUUUUUCGUCAAUCUGAACCACUGCCGUGCGAUUCUCGAGUCGCUGGAAGGCAAUCUGGACUCUGAGACCAGAGCUAAACACUCCGGUUUGCACGAGGAACUGCACAGCAAGGCGACGGCGUUGCUCGAUCAGGCAGCAUCACGAGCGCAACAAAUGGCCUUGGCCGCAUCACGAUGGACGCUGCUCGAACAGAGCGUAAAGGAAGAAAGGGGAUGGCUCCAGGUCGCGCAUCAACGAGUUCCUGAUCUUCAAACGGUGACUUCGAUCGACUAUGAUCAAUACAUCUCCUUAUAUCAAUCUCUAUCAUCGGAUGUGGCGACUCAUCAUGCACGAAUAAUUCAACUUCUCAGCAUGGCAUGUAGCCUCCGUGAUCUCAUCAAUAUCGAAGAUCCUGAAGACCGAUACGGCGAAGCCUUAGAGGUGAUCGUGAAGCUACAAGAUAAUAUCGAAUCCUCUCUGAAAAGACUGCUAGCCUUUAAGGAGAGUUGGAACAAUCAGGAAAUGUUAAUCAAUCGCGUAGAACAUUGGAUGACAAUAACCGAAAAGGAACUCGCCACAUUGAGGGAUCCGUCAGGAAGUUCUAUGCGUCAAUUCUGGGAAUUGAAAGCGCAAUAUGAGGUUCACAACAAUAUGCGUAACGAAGCGGACAACUACUUUGAGCAAGCUCUGCGAAUCAUACCUUUAUCGGACGAAAUGCUGCAACGACAAUUUCACUACGAUUUGCAGGAUCGUUGGAAUGAGGUCGGGUAUAAGAUCAAUGAGAUUCAAAAAGAAGUCACUCGCAGCAUAUCCUCAGAUGAGAUCUCGUCGAACGAGAAACUGAAAUUACUCGAGAGGGAACUGAAUGAAUUACGAACGACCAUCAACAGUUUUCACGGGGUGCUGAAGACAGAGGAGGAGCUCGACUUGUACGUGGAGAGACUCACCAUACUGUUCGAAAGAAUCACCUUGAUCCAGAAUGAGAUAAGCAGAUUAGGUCUUUUACCGGCGGCAGAGAGCGAAAGAGUUGGAAUUUUAUUGUCAUCGGCGCGCUGCAUAGAGGGUCAGAUAAGCGAAGAGCUGGACUCAGCGCAGCUGCUCCGAGAAAAGAUUCAGGCCCUACAGCGCGGACUAAGUCGCUUCCGAAAGGCCCACAAAAGACUGUCGGCGACGUUGGAUCAGUGUGAGGGCAGCGAGAGGCAAGAAAGCGACCUGGUGGCCGCGGCUGUGGACCGUUGUCGAUCCGUCGCGAACGAACUGGCCGUUCUCUGGCAAGACCUAAUGGCGCUAAGGCAGAUGCUGCACAAUCUGCCGACCGGCAUGAGAGUGACGGUGUCGCCGGUGAGCAUAGAACGAGACCUAUCCAGUAUACAAGACGUACACUCCGAACUCGAAUCCAGAUGCGCGCAUCUGCUCUCGUUGCUGACCAAUAGACUGGAGUUGUGGCGGCGAUUCGAGAGACAGCUGGAAAUGGUGCAGCAAUCCGUUCAGGAGGCGGAUUACAUGAUGGAACUGUUGACCGUCCAGGACUCCGUCGACUACGAUAGACUGCUGAAGGCCACGGAACGCCUCGAGGGUCUAAACGGCGAUUUGGGUGCUCGAGAAGUUCUCAUUGGCGAAUUACGUGCCGCUGCCGAGCCUCUGCGGGAGAGCUGCGCUGCAGAGGUCCGCGAGAGGGUCGACGCUGCAGUAAAUGAGGCCGUACAGGCUUGGGAGGAUACGAGGGCCGAAUUGGAUGCCCUAUGCACCCGAUAUCAACACGCGUGCAGACUCUGGCAGCAAUACAGAGACUCGAGCGCCGCGGUGAAGGCCUGGGUAGACACUCAAAUGAACAGUGUGGUAAAUUUGCCACCGGAGGAAGCAGGCAAGCAAGUUAAGGUUUGCGAGGAGACACUGGCGGAGCACAAAGAAAGACUGGCAGAAUUGCGCGGUCUGGUGGCACAGAUCGCAUCGGACGUAGGUUUGGACGCCGGUGGACCGCUGCACUGCGAAGUUGAGGCGCUAGGUCAACGACUUGAAGAUGUUCGAGAAACCUUGUCGACCCUCGCGGACACGGUGGAUGCCCGUGUCCUCAACCAGGAACUCGCCCGUGGUGAUCUAUGCCAGACGAAAAAUUUCCUGGAUUCGGUCCAACAGAGUUUAACGGCGGUGGAUCAGGGCGAGUCUAACGAACAGCUGACGGUGCUGCGAAAUCAUCUGCUCGCGUUAACGCGAACCGAGCCGCAGCUUCAGUCGAUCAAGGAUCGCGCGUUAGACGUUUCCGUGCAAGAGCCCUCGGUGGUCGAGGUAGUCCAGCUAUGGCAGCGCGUGUUCCAAGAGACCUUCCAGCAGUAUCACCGCCUGUCGACACGGCUGGUCCGCUCGCAGGACGUGAUCGCCGCGCUGAAGCUCUGGGAGGAAUAUCUAACGCACGUGCAAGACUUUCUGUCGAGCGGUAUGCCGGGCGAUUACAACGGUCUGUCGGAGCACCGGAAUCUCUGCGAGGUCCAUCGGAAACUCCUGCCCGAGCAGCAGAAGCUCAUACUGACGGUGCGACAGGGGGAGGAUCGUGAUCGAUCGGUCGCCGAACAGUUCAAUGCCUUGACAAAUCUUCACAAUGAGACCCUAGCGAGAAUAUUGGAGCGGCACGCAACGGUGCGUGACCGGAUAUCGGCCUGGGACAGAUACAGAUUGGACCAGGGGAAGCUGCUGACGUGGUUGAAGGAGGUCGAGAGGGAGCGGCAGCGCAUGCACCUGCAGUUCAUCCAUCUGAGACGGCUCGACAAAAUUCUACAGAGGAUUCAGGGGCUGCUGGACAAGAUGCCGGUCGGCGAGUCUCAAGUGGAGUCCCUUCAGGAGCAGCAGGAAUACUUGCUGACCAAUUGCGACGAGGCGCUGGCCGUCUCGAUACGCAUGGAGCACGCUGCGAAUGUACAACGGAUAGCGAAUAUGCGAGCCGGUUUGGAAACUUGGAGGGACUUUGUUCAGCGAGUGCGGGGGUUGCAUGAGGAGCACGUCGGCCAGUCCCAAGCGAUCGUCACGACCUUCCAAGAAAUCAGCCAGACGUUGAGCGCGGCCUUCCACGCGGGACCAACGAGUCUGUCCAAAACGAAGGAGCAACUUGAUUCGCUCGAACACCUGAGAACUCGUCUGGCUGACGCGCAACGCAGCCUGGAGUCUCUUGGUAUUGUCACGGAACAAUUGAGGGAAUGCCUGAGCCCGAGCGACAUGAAGACAUUAAACCAACAGGACGCGCUUUUGAGCCAGCAACACGGCGACCUCGAGUAUCAAUUGGCCCUAUUGUCGUAUAGGCUCGGAGAACGCUGUGCUCUUCACGGUCGAUGGGAGAAUAGGUUAAAUAAAUUAUUGUUGUGGAUGGAGGACGCGGCGACUAGAACGCAGGACCAUGACACGAUGGCGCUAGACGAACCUGAAGAGGCAAUGAAGCGACUUGAGUGCGAACUGCAGACGGAGAUGAGCUUGAAACAACGCGAACUCGAAUGGUUACAGAAUACCGGGCAAGAGCUGAUAGAGGUCGCCGAGGAGGCAGAGAAAGCAAAGCUCAAGCAGUCCUUAGACGAAGUCAACGAAAAGUGGAAUCGCCUAAUGGCUGGUGGUAAAGCAAGAGCUAACAAGUUAGGCGAUCUGAUUCAAACUAUGAACUCGUUGCUGAAAAGGAUAACCGAUUUACGAACUUGGUUGACGGGCAUCGAGGGCCAGUUAUCGGAGGUCAUCAUUAUCGAGACCCCGACCCAAAGGAGCAUCGAUAAGAAGCUCGAAGAUCACGACCACCUCAAGACUACUAUUGAGGCUGAAAGCGGCAAUAUCGGCGAGGUGCUAAACUUGUGUGAGAUCCUGUUAAACGAUUGCGAUACGUGGAAAGCCUCGUUCACCACGGACGCGAUAAGGAACGGCAUGGAGAGCGUGGAGAAACGUUGGAAAGCUGUGUGCAUUAAGUCUACCGAGCGCAAGCGGAAAAUCAUGACGAUCUGGAAGCUGCUACAGGAGCUGGACAAAAUCAGAGGCGAGCACGAACCGUGGCUGGCCAAGACGGAGAAAUCCUUGAUGGAGUUGGAGAAGGAUCUUACGGAGAUUUCAAAAGAGGAAUCGGGAAGGAUAGCCGAAAGAGCUAAAUCAAUCGGCAGGGACAUCGAGGCGCAUCAGAAAGCCCUGAAAAUCCUUGAGCAGAUAUUUGGACGUCUGGCCAAGUCUGGAUUAGAUCCCGAUAACUUUAGGUCGCUCACGGCCGACACGCGGGCGAUUAUCGACAGAUGGUUGGCCCUCGAAACGAGAAUCAACGCUAUCAUCUCGAGCAUCCAACGGGAACAGAAGACAUAUCGUGAGUUCGUGUCCACGCACGGUGCCGCGGUAAUGGGUCUAACGCAGGUGGACGUCCGCCUGACGCAAAUGCAGCACCUCGCUACGCCCGAGCAGAGAUCGUCAUUGCGACGAAGGCGUCAACAGUUAAGCGAGCUCGAGGAGGAGCUCGAUACACAAAACGUUACGUUGCGCAAGGCAGACGAGCUGGCGUUGCGAGUCAUGCAGGAGAGCAAUCCGGAUGACGUAGCCGCGAUUCAGGAGCUGGUGGACGAAUACCAGCUCUUGUGGAGGGACAUCAAGGCGCGGGUGACCGCGCUGAAGGCGGAACUGGAGACGCAGGAAAGAUCGGAGGUCGACGAGGCAGUGCAGGUGGAGACUUUGAAAUUUGAACAGGACACCGCGGUUCAAGUGGACACCUUACCGAGACUUGUUAGGAUGACUUCGUGUGACGCGUAUCUGAUUGAACUGGAAGCUGCCUUAAACGAAUGCAACAACGCCCUGAACGCCCUGGAAGCGGCGGUGACACCCGAUCCUGUUUCCGGUCCUGGGCUCAACGCGGCUGCUAAGACUAUCGCCAAACUAAUCGGAAGUUGCCAGUCCUCGAUAGAAUUGGUACGCCAUCUACAUAAUCUGCUCAUGGAAGACGGCAAAUUGAGUUUGGGAGUUGCUAAAAGUAGCGAGGUAACAACAUUAAUAGCUCGAUACGACACACUCAUUGCACUAGCAAGAGCACGUGAACAGCAAAUCAGAGAGCUCAGAUCGCCUGUCACCGAUGCUUACGCUUUUCCAUGUGAUCACGAUAGCGGCAGAUUGACCUGUCCAUUAUGCUCACGUCGUAAUUGGGCGCAACUGGACAACGAUCUCUGGCGUUUGGACAAAUGGUUGGAGUACGCCGAGGGUACGCAGAGUGAGCAGCACUCGCCGCCCAGUGAUAUAGAACAAUUGGAGGACGUGAUUCAGGAUCAUCGCGAGUUUCUGCUGGACCUCGACAGUCACAGGAGCAUUGUGACGAGUUUGAACAUAGUCGGCGCUCAUCUGGCUGAUCAUACCGAGGACACGGAACGCGCGCAAGAGCUUCGCGACCGAUUGACCGUGGCAAAUGGUAGAUGGGAAAAAAUUUGUACAGCCGCCGUGGAAUGGCAAAAUCAGCUGCAGCACGCCCUUAUGACGAAUCGCCAAUUUUAUCGUAUUAUAGAAGAGCUGUUAAGUUGGCUCGAACGUACCGAGAUCAGCAUCAGGGCGAGUGAACCGAUUGACCUGACCGAAUCCACCAAUAUCAUGGAAGCAAAAUAUAAUAAAUUUAGGGAAUUGCGAAGCGAUCUGGAGCGUUGUGAGCCACGAGUAAUAUCGUUACAAGAGGCGACUAAUCAUCUUUUGGACGAACAAACGGAAACCAGAACGCGUUUGCAAGAACUGCGAUUAAGGUUGCAGUCAUUAAGGAGACUCACAGGAAUCUACGCUCUUAAAUUGGGAGCUGCCCUCGGGCUGGACCCGCGGGAUAUCGGUCUCGCAGCUACGUCUACAUCUCUCGCAUCUCUCUCACAUGAUCUGCUCGACGAAGCUGCCUCUGGGACUGAUCAGCCUCACGCCACCGGCACAGAUGGUGACGAAGGAGACCGAACGGUAUUGGCACGUAGUUAUCGCUUCCUAGGACGAGUUCUACGAGUCUCUCUUCCAAUCCAAGCGCUGAUGCUGUUACUACUUGGCGUCGCAUCACUGGUACCAUCUGCAGAAGAAGACUACAGCUGCAUGCUUUCUAAUAACCUCGCGAGGAGCUUCACGCCGAUAGCCUUCUAUCCGAAUGGACCACCACCGGUGUAACAAUGACGAACGGCGAUGUCCUCGUUUCGUCGCGUGUCUUCACUAAUCCGAGUUGAUACACACGAGACGUUGGCGAGCCAAUGUAAAAAAUAAAAUUUCUUCACCUUUGCCCCGCGCGAUUAGCAUUGAAAGCAUAUGAAAUUGUAACUGCCCCGAGUUCACCUCGUCAACGUUUCGCAUCGACUGCAGGCCGCAGUACGCGCGUAUCGCAGAAAUCUUUAUAUAAUAUGCAUAUAUUGUAAUUUUACACACAAUGAAUUUGUACGUAAGUAAUGUAACGGACCAAGCGGUGACUGAGAAUAUGUAGCCGACGAGAACACAUUCUUUAAUUUAUUAUAUUAAUAUAUAUAAUUGUAUAUUUCGCUAUCCCCAGCGCGUGCAAUAUCAUGCUCCCUUCCGCGCGAAGUGUGCACACGAUCAAGUGUCUCGUAAGGGAGGAUCCCCAACUCAAAAAUUUAAAAAAUUAUAAAACUUCAACAAUAUAUAAAAAAUAUCCUGAUAUAUAAUAUUAUUUUGCUGUCCGAAUUUAGUACGAAGAGGUGAAAUCAAUCUCUAAAAGUUUUUGUUUUAUUAUUCACCAACAAAACGAGAUGGAAAACUUUACAGAGAGUGUUUAUUUCUUUUAAUGAGAUUAUUAAUUAGAAAACUCAUCAAAACGUAAAUGUUUGAUACAAUAAAAGAAAAAUAAGUCAAUUUUUACAGAUUGAUUUACGUAAAAGAAAUCGUUACGUAUCAGGAUAUGCUUUGUGUAUUGUCAUCAAAGUUUUAUAAUGUUUUAAAUCUCCGAGUUGGGGAGACCUUCCCUUGUUAAUAUCAUAGUGAAUAAUAUCUUGAUAAUGUAUUUGUUGUAAAAAAGUUGACUGAUUCGAAAUGUUCGAAUGCACGUACUGACCUUGUAUAUUAAUCCUUCAAUUGCGAAAGGCGUAUACAUAGACGCCCUAAGAAAGUUGCCUUUCAUUUGCAGGGAUAUAUAUCUAUUAUAUGUAUACAUAUGUAUCUCUCUACAUACAUAUACAUAUAUUUGUAGUUGAAGUUUGGAGCGUUCUUGGAGCGAAAAUUAAAAAUUUGCCCAAAUUCAACAGGUUUAUUAAAAAAAAAAUAUAUAUAUAUAUAUACAUAUAUAGCUAACAAAAUAAUAAAAUUAUUACAAACAAUAAAAUUAAAGUAAACGAUAAAAAAGAUAAAUAUCGCGGAACAAAAAAAUUGAUCCGCGCGUAUUUGAUUAUACAUGCCGUUAACAAACUAUUUUUUUACCGUUAGGGAUUUGAGAGAUUGUUUCAUAUUUAUACAUGUUGUUUGGAGAAACUUCUCUAUUAUUUCUUCCUUGUUUUCGAUUGCAAACAUUGUCUUACCGGCAUACGUGUCAUAACCUGAUCUAUCGUUUGUCUUGUACAUCAGUCGAUGAUGACACCAUAGUUUUGACUUCCUGAAAUUCCGUAACGCAUUUCCUCCGAAGCUCAUAAAAUUUAAAGCGAGCCUUUGUUCAGAUAAUUCCGGUUACUUCGGCAAAAUCGAAAUACACUGUCUAUAUCACA